AUGGCCAGCGUGCACGAGAGCCUGUACUUCAACCCCAUGAUGACCAACGGGGUGGUGCACGCCAACGUCUUCGGCAUCAAGGACUGGGUCACUCCGUACAAGAUGGCGCUGCUGGUGCUGAUCGGCGAGCUGGGCCGGGCCGGGCCGCACCUCAGCCUGCUCGAGAGGCGGCGCCUCAACCGGCUGCUGCUGCCUCUGCUGCAGGUGGGGCAGGGAAGCGGGGGUCGGGGCGGCCGGGGCCACUGUCGACCGCCGACGGCGGCACUUGGGCGAGUGGCCACGCUGUGGGACGCGGGUUCAGCUCUGUCCCUUAUGCACUUCAGUCCUCUCUCUCCUCGCCGCUUAUGAUCCAACACACACCUACAUACACGGGGGCAUCAGAUUCCUGCCCAUGCGGACUGUCGUCGGCGAAAGCUUAUGGUUUGUUAUUUGUUUGCAUUGCUAUGCCACCUUCAUCUUCCAAGGAGCUCAAGGUGGUGCGCAUGGUUCUCUCUCCCUCACAACACCACUGUGAGGUGGGUUAGGUUUAACUAGAGGUGUCAGGGUUUUCCUUUGUUUAGCUCUGACAGUGCUCUUCUCUCCUUAUGUUUUCUGGCCCCUCUUCACUGGGCAUUGGAGUAGGACUGCCUUUGAUGGCAGUGCCAGAAUGACCAGGUGAAGAAGACAGGGCUGCUGCACCUUCAUAGCUGCAAGGAAGGUGGAGUUUCAGUAGGGUUCUUUGGAUGCAUAGGGAGCUAUUCGUUAUUUUUCUUUCCUUCAUUACCCAGCUUGGGAAUUCUUGUAGUGCAAGUGCAACAAGCAAAGUUGGGCACAUUCUUUCCUGUAGUAGUAUAGACUGCUAUAGAUGUUGGAGCUGGUACAGUUUACUUUUGUAUUCAUUUAGAAAUUACUGUUAACUAUUUCGUGUUUCUCCAUGUGCUUUAUUUAGGGGCCUGAUAUGACACUGUCUCGCUUGAUUAAGGCUAUUGAAGAAUGCUGCCCUCACUUAGCGAGUUCUGUUCAAAUAAGGUAAGUUCAUUUGUUCUUUCCAUAAGCAUAAUUGAGAUGAGAGUUCUUAAUCUUAACCCUGAAUACUUUUCAAGCAGAAUUAAACAAGUAUGUAGUUAAGGACAUGAUAAAUUGACGUAGUAGUAGGUUUAGUAACUUUUGAUCUAAAGUUCGCAUUGUCUAAGUAACCUGAAACAGAGUAAUGUGGCUGCUUAAACAAGUGGGCAAACCAAAGGGCAGUGCAGAAUGUUCUGGUUAUAUGCAGUAAGCCAACAAAGCCAUUUUCCAGGAAACUCUAUUCUAUCAAUUCCCCAGCCCAGUUUUCCUGUCUUUCCUUCUCUCCCUGCCCUUAAUAGUCAAUAUUGCAAGGCCACUCAGCAUGCUCAAACCUCAUUGGACUGCUUUUUAGUCGUCGUCGUCGUCCCCACUUUAGGGUUCCCCCCUCCCAUCCCCCAUCACGUGCAGGUGUACUUCUGCAAACCAUGGGUGUGAGGGGUUUCCCCAAGCUUGAUGAUGCCUCUUCUUCCAGGGGUCUGCUUGAGUGUACAGUGUUACCUCGGGUUACAAACACUUCGGAUUACAAACUCUGCUGACCCGGAAGUAGUACCUUGGAUGGCAAACUUUGCCCCAGAGUCAGAACGGGAAUCGCGCGCUGGCAGUGUGGCAGCAGCGGGAGGCCCCAUUAGCAAAAAUGCGCCUCAUGUUAAGGAUGGUUUCAGGUUAAGAAUGGACCUCCGGAACGAAUUAAGUUCAUAACCCGAGGUACCACUGUAGUUCUUUCUUCAGAGAGUCCAAGCCUCCCUCUCCCUUUUCUAGUUCAUUUCGUUCAGGAGUCAGUCCUAAAUCCCAGCAAGUCAGAUCUUAGAGCUGCCUAAGGGUUCCAGGGGAGGCUCUCCUCCAACAGGGGGCAGGUUUAUUCUGCCGCAAUACUCUUGGCAGGCUGAAAUUGAGGGCUUCUAUGCUUCUCCAGGUGUUUGGCGGGAGGGGGGGGGAGAAUCUGUCUAGGCCCAGCCUGAAGAAAGCUUCCAGUGGGGAAGCAAGAACCAUAACCAAUCUCUAUAGAAGCGCCUUGUUUAGGCAUCCAACCUAUUCCCUCCUCUGGAUGUUCAUCCUUUUCUCUAAGGCUUUUUAUACCCCCCACAACUUCAUUCUGCGUAAGGCACAGAAAUAGGUAUCCCUCUCUUCCACCAGACAGCUAAUGGAAAGUGCUCCUACCUCCUCCCACAGCUGGAGUCUCCAGACAAUGUCCAGUUGUGGUCUCCUCAGGAGUCAUUGCCUGUUGGUGUGGAGUAAGGGCCAAAAACACCUGGCAAGCCCUGACAGCCCUCCACUUUCUCAGGCUGUCCCACUUGAAUGAAUACGUCUCUGCCAUAUGUAUUAAUUUUGUAUUGUAUUUAAAGUACAGUCAUACCUCGGGUUACAGACGCUUCAGGUUGUGUUUUUUCGGGUUACGGACCCGCUGAAACCCGGAAGUACUGGAACAGGUUACUUCCGGGUUUCAGGGGUUGCACAUGUGCAGAAGUGCUGAAUUGCAACCAGCGCGUGCGCAGACGCAGCGCUGUGGGUUGCGAACGUGCAUCCCGCAUGGAACACGUUCGCAACCCAAGCGUCCACUGUAAUCUGUUGUUUUUAACUGUUUUUAUUAUAUUUUCUACAUUGAACUGGGACAUUUUUAGAAGGCCAUUAAUACGCAACAAUAAAUAUUAAUUAACGCAAGAAUGGUACUGCUUUGGCUACAUCAGAAUAGGCACUUGGAAUUUAGAACUCAAAAGCACAAAGUGUAAGUAGAUAAAUAGGUACUGCUCCAGCAGGAAGGUAAACAGCGUUUCCGUGCACUGCUCUGGUUCGCCAGAAGCGGCUUAGUCAUGCUGGCCACAUGACCUGGAAGCUGUACGCCGGCUCCCUCGGCCAAUAAAGCGAGAUGAGCGCCGCAACCCCAGAGUCGUCCGCAACUGGACCUGAUGGUCAGGGGUCCCUUUUCCUUUACCUAUGAAUAUGUAUGAUGGGUUUAGCUCACUCCAGAUUUUGCUUAUAUCCUGUUCUUUAAAAAUUUGAAGCAGUUGCAUUUGUUUAUAUAGGACUUUGUAUAACCUUUAUAGAACAGCCUUAUGGGAGGGGAGUCACACACAUAUGUUCCAGCUGAAAUCUCCCUCCCCCAGAAUGAUCUCCCCUUGGGCAAAUGAAAAUAAGGAUUAGAACAUUGACUUAUAAAAAUUUUUUUGGCCACUGUUGGGAGAAAAUGACAUAUUGUUGAGGAGCUAAAUAGCUACUCUGAGGGUCCUGGUGGGCACAUGGUCUGUGGGAUGGUCUUGGGAAAACAGACAUCUCUGCCCUCAUGUCAUAUCACAAAUUGCUUUGGAAGUCACUUUCAGAAUACUGUUUAAAAAGUUCUAAUAAUAGAGUUAAUUGUGUAGUUCUUUGGAUCCUGGCUACAGAUUUGUAUAACAUCUAGUUUUGUUUUGUUUUUAAAAACAAAAAACCUAAAGCUCUCUUUGCAAAUGCUUGCUUGUAGAGUUUUAAGGUGUGGAGAACAUGUCUACCUAUAAAUCCCAAAAAAACGAACAGAGUAGCAUGAUGUAAUGGUGUCAUUUCUAGUAUUUUAGUAUCCUCGUCCAAGUGCUCUGUAUACACAGAAAAUUAUACAGAUUGUUGAGCUGGUUGUUUUUAACCGAGUCUGUUUCUGGCCCUGUUCUUUGGCAAUUAAUUCUUAAAAUAAUAAUAAUAAUAAUAAUGAAAUUCUAGAUUGAUCUAAUUUUAAUGCCACUUUCUAAAUGAAUACUGCCCCCUGCCCCUUUCCCUACAUUAUUCUUUGGGGAGAGGACAAUAGCUUGGUGGACUAUCAUAUGGUUUGCAUGCAGAAGGUCCCAGGUUCAGUCCAGGACAUUUCCCGUUGAGAUGAUCAGGUAGCAAGUGAUGGGAAGGGCCUGUGCCUGAGACUCCUGGAGAGCUUCAGCCAAUGUGAGUAGGCAGAACUGGGCUGGAUGGACAUGAUCUGACUCUCUGUGUGGUGGUAUCACUUGCAGAAUAAAGCUAAUGGCAGGAGGGGAGUUGAAAGAUAUGGAACAAUUCUUUGAUGACCUUUCGGAGGCAUUCAGUGGAACAGAACCAGAAGUUCACAAAACCAGCGUUGUAGGUACUGUAUCAUUUAUUAUAUAAAAACCUUGGAGAGCCUCUCUUUAUCCUUAGGGGCAGCCAGAGUCCUGGGCCCACAGUGCUCACCUCUUCUUCCUGGGCAGGGGAAAGAAAGCAGGGCUUCUCUCACUUUCCUCCUAUUUUCAAGGUAAAGCUGUUUCUAACAUUACAAAGAGUCAUAUGUGUAGCUUAUCACAUCUGAUGAUAUUUUGCACUGAUAAGUUUUUUAAAACUCCAGCAAGCUGCAGUUUCCCAAUACGUGCACGUUGCACAAAACAUGGUUUUGAUUAGUGACUUCAGUGUGCCAAUUUUUGUCAGGUGAGAAGCAGCCUUUCAUUUAUGUUUUCACUAGUGGAGACCAUGGAGGAAACAGUGUGUGAGGGAGAAAGAGGAAAAAGAAGCCUUUUGGUUUGAGAUGAGGAGGUCUGAGAAUUCUUUACUGUCUUAGGGAAACUCUUCUAUAAAAGGAGUGGCUAGCAGAGAGGUCAGAAAGGAAUGGGUGGGUUUAUACAUUUGCUGAAAGUCUGUGGGAGUAAAGGAAAACUGGAGAGCAAAGAAUUCAGUUCUCUAUGAGUUGAGUCUGUACUAGUUUCUGAUCCUUACGCCUGUGAAAAUAUACAGAAAAGUGGAUGGGAAAUGUUAGUUAAAAUCUCAGAAGCCAGUGGUAUGGUUGAAUAUGGUUUCUAGUGAUUGGAGUUGCACGUUAAGUGAGCCACCGAGCUCCUAAGCACUAUUCAUGACCAGAACAAGCUAUGCAAAACAAAGUGGAUUUGCUUUGCUUAAGUUGCAGCAUUCAUCCAGAGUGCAAAAUUAGAGUUUAUUUGGGCAUGUGAUUAAAAAAUUUUUUAGCAUGGAGUAUGCUUAUCUUGGUUAUAAGGACUGGCUCCCCAUUGUGGUGUUAUGUGGGUACUGCAGGAUUUGAUGGAGAUCAAGACAUCUUAAUACACUCCAAGAAACAGAUCCCUCCCCCCUCUCUCUGUAGGCUUGUUCCUGCGCCACAUGAUCCUGGCGUACAACAAGCUCUCAUUCAGCCAAGUGUACAAGCUUUACACGGCUCUUCAGCAGUACUUCCAAAAUGAUGAGAAGAAAAGUGGAGGAGACGAGACUGAGAUGGAACUGACCCACUGUGGGGAGCUGGAAGGGAAGAUGGAGAAAGAUGAAUUUGAUGGGCCUCUCAGGUAAGCUUCUAAGAUUUGUUUCUAAAACUUGUCUCUGCCCUGCUUUGAUAAAUAAAUCCUUCCAGCAGCUUUUGUCAGCUUGGUGUCCUCCCAGUUCUCAUCAGCUGCUGCCAGCACAGCCAUAUGAAUCAUAGGACUGUAGAGUUGAAAGGGAUUCUGAGGGUCAUCUAGUCCAACCGCCUGCAGUGCAGGAAUUUAAACUAAAUCAUACAUGACAAAUGGCCAUCCAAUCCCUGCUUUCAAAUUUCCAAGGAAGGAGAGUCCGCCACCUCUCAUGGGAGUCUGUUCCACUGUCAAACAGCUCUUACUGCCAGAAAGUUCUCCCUGGUGUUUAGUUGGAAUCUUCUUUCCUGUAACUUGUUUGGGUCGUACCCUCCAGAGCUGAGGAAAACAAGUUUGCUGCAUCCUCCAUGUGAUAGCCCUUUAGAUAUUUGAAGAUGGCUAUCAUAUCUCAUCUCACACUUAGACUAAACAAACCCAAUUCCUUCAACUGUUCCUCAUUAGGCUUGGUUUCCAGACCCUUGAUCACCUUGGUUGCCCUCCUCUGCACAUAUUGUAGCUUGUCCAUAUGCUUCUUAAAUUGUGGCGCCCAGAACUGGACACAGUACUCCAGCUGUGGUCUGACCAAGGGAAAAUAGAGCAGGACUAUAAUUUCCCUUGAUUAGAAUGUUAGACUUGACUUCAGUUAAUGCAGCCUAGAAUAGCAUUAGCCCUUUUUGCUGCUGCAUCACACUGUUGACUCACGUGAAGGUUGUGGUCUACUAAGACCCCUAGAUCCUUUUCACAGGUACUACCGGUAGGCCAGAUAUCGCCCAUCUUAUAUUUGUGCAGCUGGUUCUUCCUGCCCAAGUGUAGAACUUUACAUUGUCCCAAUUGAAACGCACUUUGUUAGUUUGGGCCGAGUUCUCCAAUCUGCUAAGGCCAUCUUGAAUCCCAAUUCUGUCUUCUGUGGCAUUAGCUAUCCCUCCCAGCUUUGUGUUAUCUGCACAUUUGAUGAGCAUCCCUUCAAUUCCUUCAAAGUUGUUUAUAAGGAUAUUGGACAGCAACAGGCCCAGGACAGAACCGUGCGGCACCUCACUUGUCCCUUUUUUCCAAGAUAAUGAGGAACCAUUAAUUGGCACAGCAAAUCUAUCCAGAAUCUAGAGAAAAGGUCUCUCCCACCAUCUGUGACUAGAUCCUUCUAACAGAAAAUGCCAGGAAAUGAAUGUAGGAUCUUCCUCAUGCAACACGUGCUGUAUCUCUGAGCUCAUUUUCCACCUCCCCCCACUCCUUAAGGCAUAUUAUCUCAAUCUUAGAGAUGAAGAAGUUUACAAAAAGGCCCAAAAGACUUUGAGAGACUAUUUUGAAAUAAAUAUGAAUACCAAUGUAGAAAAAGAGUAAUCUGGGACGCAAGCAAAGCUGUGAUGAGAGGGUUUUUGAUACAACAGAAUGCAAUAAAGAAGAGAAGUCAAAAUGAAAAGAAAGAUAAAAUUUUGGAAAAAAUAAAAGAAGGAGAGAAGAAAUUGAGAGCAAAACCAAAGUCCCAGGAGAUUUUGAGAGAAAUAAAAUUAUAUCAAGUACAAUAUAUGGAAAUGAUGAAUCAGGAAAUAGAAUGGAAAAUCAAACAAAUGAGACAAAAACAUUUGAAUCAGCUAAUAAAUGUGGAAAACUGUUGGCCUGGCAAAUGAAAAAAGACAAAAAUUAAAUACUAUUAUAAAUUUAGAAGUGGAAGGAAAGAGUAUACAUAAUCCAAAUGAGAUUAGAAAUUGCUUCCAGAAGUACUUUAAACAAUUAUACACACAAGGGCCACAGAAGGAAAUGGACAUAGACCAAUUUUUGAAGACAAAUGGCCUACAAAAAUCUCUCAAGAAAGUAAAUUAAUGCUGAACUAUAAAAUAUCUGAACAGGAAGUAGAAGGUGCCAUACAAAAUAUGCAAUUGGGCAAAUCUCCAGGACCGGAUGGGCUGACUUCCAGAUACUAUAGAUCUUUGAAAGAGUGGUUACUGCAACCUUUGAAGGAAGUCUGCAAUGAAAUACUGGAGGGGAAAAGGGCACCAGAAUCGUGGAAAGAGGCGUAUAUCACACUUAUACCGAAAACAGAGACUGAAAAGACUCAGCUUAAGAACUAUCGCCCUAUAUCGUUACUUAAUGUGGAUUACAAAAUUUUUGCAGACAUUUUGGCCAAGAGAUUGAAAAAAUAUUGAUGAAAGAGAUUCAUAAAGACCAAGCGGGCUUUCUCCGGGAAGACACCUGUCUGAUAAUUUGAGGAAUAUAAUUGAUAUUUUGGAAAAUUAGAAGUGAAUAUAAACACCAAAGCAGUAUUGAUAUUUGUUGACGCGGAGAAAGCUUUUGAUAAUAUCUCUUGGAGUUUUAUGAAGAAGAAUCUGCAUGGGAUGGGGGUAGGCCAAGGUUUUGAAAAUGGUAUAGGUGCAAUAUACUCUGAACAAAAGGCUAAAUUAAUUGUAAAUAAUGUGGUUACGGAAGAAUUUAAGAUAGAAAAGGGACACGACAGGGGUGCCCAAUUUCCCCACUGCUUUUAUAUCGGUCCUGGAGGUUUUGCUAAAUAUGAUUAGAAAGGACCGGUUGGUUAAGGGCAUACAGGUCGGAGCUAAACAGUACAAAUUGAGAGCAUUUGCAGAUGACCUAGUAUUGACGUUACAGGAGCCAGAAUCUAGUACUAAAAGAGUUUUAGAAUUAAUUCAGGAAUUUGGUCAGGUGGCAGGUUUUAAAUUGAACAAGUUAAAAACUAAGGUUUUAGAGAAAAACUUAACACCGAUUGAAAGAGAGAGGUUUCAGAAUGAGACAGGAUUGAAUGUGGUAAAGAAAGUGAAAUACUUGGGGAUUAAUAUGACAGCCAAAAAUGGGAACUUAUUUAAAGAUAAUUACGAAAAAUGUUGGACGGAAGUGAAAAAGAUUUAGAAAUUUGGUCAAAUUUGAAACUCUCGUUGCUGGGCCGUAUUGCUGUGAUAAAGAUGAAUGUAUUGCCUAGAAUGUUGUUUUUGUUUCAGACAUUACAAAUUGUAGAUAAGAUGGACUGUUUCAAGAAGUGGCAGAGAGAUAUUUCUAGAUUUGUCUGGCAGGGCAAGAAGCCCAGAAUAAAAUUUAAGAUAUUAACUGACGCCAAGGAAAGAGGUGGAUUUGCCCUGCCAGACCUUAAACUUUAUUAUGAAUCAGCAGCUUUUUGCUGGCUGAAAGAAUGGCUACUUCUUGAAAACACAGACAUUUUGGAUUUAGAAGGUUUUAACAAUGUAUUUGGAUGGCAUGCAUACUUAUGGUAUGAUAAGGUCAAAGCACACAAAGCAUUUAAAAAUCAUAUUGUUAGGAAAGCAUUGUUUAAUGUCUGGAUAAGAUACAAAGACUUAUUGGAAAAUAAAACCCCAAGGUGGCUGUCACCAAUGGAAGCAAAAGCUCUGAAAAGGCUCAAUAUGGAGGCCAAAUGGCCGACAUAUUGGGAAAUUUUGGAGCAAGAAGGAGAUAAAUUGAGACUGCAGAGUUUUGAAAAAUUAAAAAAUAAAGUGAGAGAUUGGCUCCACUACUAUCAGAUAAUGGAGGCAUAUAAUUUGGAUAAGAAAAUAGGCUUCCAAGUGGAAAAGUCAAAAUUAGAAACAGAAUUGUUAGAACCCAAAACUAAAAAUUUGUCAAGAAUGUAUAACUUGCUGUUGAAAUGGAAUACUCAGGAUGAAACGGUGAAAUCUGCUAUGAUUAAAUGGGCACAAGAUGUUGGACAUAAUAUUAUGUUCGCUGACUGGGAACAGUUAUGGACCACAGGUAUGAAGUUUACGGCAUGUAAUGCCUUAAGAGAGAAUAUUAUGAAAAUGAUAUACAGGUGGUACAUGACCCCAGUCAAGCUUGCAAAAAUUUAUCAUUUGCCCGAUAAUAAAUGUUGGAAAUGUAAAGAAACUGAAGGUACAUUCUUUCACCUUUGGUGGACGUGCCCAAAGAUUAAGGCUUUCUGGGAAAUGAUAUAUAAUGAACUGAAAAAGGUAUUUAAAUAUACCUUUCUGAAGAAACCAGAGGCCUUUCUCUUGGGCAUUGUUGGCCAACUGGUGCCAAAGAAGGACAGAACCUUUUUCAUGUAUGCUACAACAGCAGCAAGAAUACUUAUCGCAAAGUAUUGGAAGACACAAGAUCUACCCACUUUGGAAGAAUGGCAGAUGAAGGUGAUUGACUACAUGGAAUUGGCGGAAAUGACUGGCAGAAUCCGAGACCAGGGAGAAGAGUCGGUGAAAGAAGACUGGAAAAAAUUUAAGGACUAUUUACAGAAAUAUUGCAAAAUUAAGGAACUUUAGAAGGAUGCUGGAUAGAAAUUAAGAGGUUUUUAGCUGUAAUGCUUUAAGAGACAUGGAAAAAAAAGGUUAACAAUUGGGUAAAAGAUUAAUGGUAAGGAUUUGCUGAACCAACAAACUGAAUUGGAAUACAAAGAAGGGAGGUAUGAGGAGGUCUGGGGAAAUAAGAGUAAGGAAGAUAGGUUAUGGAACAUUAUUGUGUUCUUAACUGUUUUAUUUUGUAUGUUUUUUCUUACUUUUUGCUUUUUUGUUGUAAUUUACACUUUUUUCUUUGUUUUCUGUAUUUUAGUGAAACUUUAAUAAAUAUCAUUUAAAAAAAAACAAAACAAUCUUUUUUACAACAACCCUGGGAAGACAUGGAGGUUGUCGAUAUUACACCCAUAUUGCAAAUGAGGAGCUGAAAAUGAGUGAGUGAGUGGUUCUGGCCAGAAGUAGUGUUUGACCCCCAGGACUUCUUCAUUUAUGAUUCAAUAGGCUGAGCAUAUAGAAAAGCCAUUUCAGCCUCUUUGGUAGCCUUGGGGUAAGGUGGUCUUGCAAUUAUUAGCAGGCCUAGAAUUCUGAAGGAAUUUCACAGUGGGUCUUCUGCUCUGUCUCAAGGGAGGAAGAAAUAUCUUGCAAUGGCCCACUGUCACAGAAGCAAGCAGAAUACUUCCUCUCUCAACAGGUAUGUUAAUAGUUAUUCUUAAACCUGCCCAUCGGGUGAGCUAAAGGUGUGGCUUCUGGGGAGGGGGGCUUUUCCAUGGUGGCACCUGGUUAUCCCCAGACACAUUUGCAUGCUCCAUUCUUAGUGUCUUUAAAAUGCCAUGUGAGGUCUGUCCUGUUUCCUCACACCCUAAUACCUAUUCACUCUGUUGGAGUACUGAAACGGUUUUUAAAGUAAAAUAUAUUGUUGAUGUGGUUGAAAAUUUCAAAGGGCUUUGGAUCCCAGCCUUUGAGUUCAGUUGCAUUGACAUCUGGAUGCUAGAAUGAAAGGUAUGUUUGAGAGCCAUUCUUGCUUGAAUCCCUUAAGCCCGCUUUUCAUCUCUCGUAAUCAAAUUAGUAAGAGCCUCUCUUUUGAGUGUAGCCUAACGAAGCUUUGGCUAAAUCUCUCCAUGGCAAUUUGUAAACAUGCUGUCAACCACCUUUUUCUUCCUGAUAUGGAAAGGAUUCUGUUGCUGUGGUGAUAAUAAAAUUAAAUGGUUUUUAAUCCCAGCAAAUUCAUACUUGUCUUUGCCUGGUUGCUCAAGUGACAGGUUUUUAAUUUAAUUCCAGGCAUCUUUAUUGAAAAAUGAUGAGACCAAAGCUCUCUCUCCAGCAUCUUUGCAAAAGGAGUUGAACAGCUUGUUAAAAUUUAACCCAGAUUUUGCUGAAGCGGUAAGUUUGGUUUGGGUUCCCCCCACCUAGGCAGUCUGGUGUAAUCUGUACUGUAGCACACUCAGCAGUUUGGUGUUGGUAGCACUGGUAGCAGUUUUACUGACAUCUCUGACCCUCAUUGGCUGAGCUACUAUGCCCUAGGCAGGUCAGGCAGCAUAGCUGUCGUUGGUUGAGGUGCCCUGUUUCUAAAGGAGGGCAUACAGAAAAGAAGAAUGUGUCAACAAAUUAGCAGCUAGGAAAGGUAGGGCACCUGGGAAAGCAAUGGGAAUUGGUACAGAAUGCUGAGAGAAGGAGGGGGUGGGAAAUUGAGAAAGAGGGAAUGGGCAGGAAAAAGAGGAGCACGUGGUUGGGGACUGCAGUGAUAAGGAAAGUGGAAAGUACCGUGGUUUGAAAUUAGCCCACCAGAUUCUUGUCCUCAUGGCCCCUAGAUUUAUCAUUGGGUGACCUCACAACCUUUCACCAAAUUACUGUGCGCUAAAUCUGUGUUCAGUGUGGCCAUUGCAGUUGCCUCUGAUCACUCACAAGCUGCUGUUUGCUGCUGUUUUCACUUCCAGCAUUAUUUAAGCUACUUGAAUGGCCUUCGGGUCCAAGAUGUCUUCAGUUCAACACACAGUCUCCUUCACUACUUUGACCGCUUGAUUCUCACCGGCGCAGAAAGCAAAAGCAACGGCGAUGAAGGCUGCGGGCGGAGCCUGAGAUACGCAGCUCUCAACUUGGCUGCGCUGCACUGCCGCUUUGGUCACUAGUGAGUUCCUUUGUGUUCCUCCUGCUGCACAAAUUGGGAUGAGAUCUUCUCCCCCCAUCUGCCACAUUGCUGUUUUCCCUCUGAGAGAUCUCAUGUGAACUCAAGAUGGUCCCACAAGAUCUCGCGAGGGCAUCCCAGAGCCCCUUUGCUGAGCAGCACUUGCCUGGUAAGCAAGGCGGAGCACUUAAAAGCUCUCUGCCUUAAAAGCAUGCCACCUUCAGAAGGUAAGGAUGUUUGCACAAGGGGAGGUCAGGUAUGCAAUAUGGUAAGCUCUUACAGUUCCCUUCCUUAGCAGUAAUGGUAACUGCAAACAAUAAAACAAAAUAAACUAAAAAUUGUAGUGAUAAGAUGAUGGUAAAGAAUAAAAUAGUAAUAGGAAAUUGGAAAGAAAGUCAUCACCAGCAUUUUAAUGGAGGGAAACAUGAAUAACAUGAUUUGUUCAGUGAAGUCAGCCUUUGAGUGGGCCCAUUGAAUGAAUAGACUUUGACUUGACUCCGUUGAUUUCUGUGGGUCCACAGUGAGCAUGGCCUAGCUCGAUGCAACCCAAACUUACUGAGUUUCAUUCAAUAAUAUCAAAAAAAUUGAUAUGAAAUUUAUACAAAUAAACAGCAACUGACGGGAUUGCUUUGAUCAAGGAUGUUUCCUGAAUUUUGUCAUUCCAGUAAUGGAUGAAACGUUUUUAACACAAAGGAAGUGGUUAUCUCACUCACUUGUUCAUUUCCUUGCUGUGCUGAAAAUGAAUCAACUGAGACUGAACGUUUCUCUAAAACACGAUGCACAACUCACCCCCUGAGCCCCCCAGCAAGACUUGAGAGCCAGACACUUUUUCAAUGAGCCAAGGAGGGAGAAGGGGGGACCUCAGCGUGCCAGCGGGGGAAGAGGGAUUGUCUUCUCUCUCUUUAUGCUGAUCUCCACACAGACAUAUCCAGCCGGUCCCUUGGCCUAUUUUCCCAGCUGCUGUUGCUACCACUCCUGCUUCUGCCUUCCGGAGCUGACCCCUUGCACUGUGGUUGCAUUUCUGUGCAAAGGCCCCCGACUGUACUGUGGAUCAGAAGUGCUUCCCCCCCCCCCCAGCUCUUAGCAUCAAGAUUCUACUUAUUGCUAACCCUGAAGUCCACUGGGCGGGGUGGGGAAUCAACAAUGGGAUAUGAUCUUUUUGGCCCCUGACAGUUCCAGGCCCUGCUCCUAACAGAUCCCUGGGUUUUUUCACCUCCAUGCCUGUAACAUCUUGUUGUUGGAUGAGUCUGCAUGAAGAGAAUCUUGGCUACCUCUGUGUUUCCUUUGACUGUAGCCAGCAGGCUGAGCUCGCCCUUCAGGAAGCUAUCCGGAUCGCUCAGGAGUCCAAUGACCACGUCUGCCUGCAGCAUUGCCUGGUAAGAUGAUGGAAGCUUUCAGCUGGUGUGACAGAACUGUUGCUCACUUCCUUUCCACUACUGGUGCCUUCACAGAUGCUGUUCCUAUUUGCCAUAAACUCUGAGGAUUGGACAGGCUGCAGGUCUGCAAAAAUCUUGGCUGGUUUUACUAAACGGCUUAAAAUUGUGAUCCGUUGUUUCCAUCCAGCCCAUGUUUCAUCUAGUUUAAAAAAGGAAACGAAGAAAACAAUUGAUUUGUUAGGUUUUAAAAGCUGAUUCUUUGCCUCCAGCUGGCUCUGGCCGUAACAAGUAUGGCUGUGUAAAAGCAUUCUUUUGCUUAAUCUGUAUUCCUUAACAAUUUGAACACUGCACUGGGAGCUUAAAUGCUUGUAGGAGUUUAAUCUUUACUGGUAAAUGCCUUGGCUUCUAUAGGUUUUCCUUCCCCUUUAAUGGCACCAAUUUGAGAGAGAAGAUUCCUGCCUCAAUGGCAGAAUAAAAACUUUAAAGCUGUGAAACAUCAGAAGCAGCAUCAACCACUGUCAAAACCUAUGACCAUAACUCUGUGGGUCCCAUUGAUUUGUGGUCCGCUGGCAUCCAUUCUUAAUGUGAGGCUCACUUUUGGCAUGCUUGACUCCUGAAAGGCUGUUUGCAGGCAUCUAUAAAAGAGGAGAAUCUACUGCUGCUCUGUUGUGUCUGUGGACCAGCCUUCCCCUACCUGGUGUCCUCCUAAUGUUUUGGACUACAUCUCCCGUUGGCUCCAGCCAGCACAUGCUGUACUCCUUAGCCUCUAGAGGGUACCAAGUUAUGAAAGACUGAUUUAAACUAUUAUGCAACAUUCAUUCCCCCCUUAACUCUUCACUUUCCAGAGCUGGCUGUACAUCUUGGAGCAGAAAAGGUCGGACAGCUGUGUGCUCUUGGAGCACUCUGUGAAGAAAGCCGUCUAUUUCGGAUUGCCAGUAUGUCUCUCCCACCCUUAUUUAUCCAUUCCUUUGUCAUUAUAACCGUUUUACACAGCCCUUGGAUUAAAUGUGUUAAGGGCUGUUAGCAAUAAGCAAAACUUCAGUUUUUACAAUUGUAAAGGGCAAUCACAGCAGAUUUCCCUUUUUAAAAAAUACGUUAGAUGCUUGGCUGCAGCCCUCCCUGGGAGAAGGUUCUGUAACUGGGGUGGCACACCCAAAAGCACCCUCUUCGCAGUUGCUCCCCCAAACACACCUUGUCCUUGGAGAUGCCAGGGACUAAACCUGGGACUUCCUGCAGGGACUCUGCCGCUGAGCUGCCUCCCUUCUCCAAACUCUGGCCCUGCGAGCUUGGCUCUUGUCGUUUGCUUGGGGCUCUCGUUGACUAAUUGCUUCCCUUUUCAAAUUCUGUGACUUUGUUUAUUUUGUUCCUUUCUCCUAGUAUUUAGCUUCCCUGGGGAUCCAGUCCUUGGUUCAGCAAAGAGCUUUUGCGGGGAAGACUGCCAACAAACUAAUGGGCGCCUUAAAGGACUCUGACCUCUUGCACUGGAAACACAGCUUGUCCGAACUCAUUGACAUCAGCAUUGCUCAGAAGACGGCCAUUUGGAGACUGUACGGUCGCAGGUAGAGCAGACCCUUAUUCAUCUGCCUGCGCCCGCCUGCCGCGUGCCCUGAUUCUGCAGGAAUGUGGAAAGGCUGCUGAAUGUGGUAUUGGCCACAGACUUAGGCUUCCUGGUAAUCUCUGCUGUCAGUUAAAAACAAAAGUUUCUAAAAUGGGUGGGUGCAAAAAUAAAAAUUCUAAAUUCUAAAAUGGUUGCUUGUGGGCAACCAUUCCUUCUAUUUCCAGUGUUCAAGCUGUGAGUGCUGCUGCAUAUGUAACCAUUGUGGCACCACUCAUGCACAGGAAAGACUGACCAGCAGGCUUGGCAGAACCCCAUCAGCUGCAGAAGUACCAAAAAUCUGAAUAUAGUUGGCGGCCCCAGAGGCUUCAACUGCUCCCUGUUGCAUGAUGUCUCCCUCUUGCCAUAGGUUGCACCAGGGCUGCACAGCAGGCCCACACGCUCCAGGGGGGAAACAGCUUCAGGUGGGAGAAGCCAAAAAACAGCUCAAUCCAACUUAUUGUAUUCAGUAUAUGUACAACUUGACUUUGCCAGCAGAAGAUGCAGUGAACCUACAGGGAAGUCCCAAAGAACUGAGCAUGAUCAGUGGCGAUGGAAUGCUGACUAAUUAGGCCUGGGUGGGAGGGAUGGAGUAUCCAAGAGCACUGAGCAGCAGCACCCCAUGCUGCAACAUUCUGUUGCAGAUCUCACUUGUCCCUACUAAACCUCAGCAGUUUGAGGGAAUGCUGGAGAAGAUCUCCAGCUGUCAGAAGCAGGGAUUCAUCGCCCUACAAAGUUUCUCUGUAUCCCCACAACCAGCAGAACUGAAAUAGACUGCAAAAAUAAAAAAAAAAGGGAACAUGCAAAGGAUUUUAUUUUAUUUUUUACUGCAAAGUACAUGAGAUGCUUCUUCACAUAGCCUGCGGUGCUGAGUCUGUGGCUAUCAUCCUUCAGCACUUAAAUCUUCCUCUUGCCCUAGCACUAUGGCCCUCCAACAGGCCCAGAUGUUGCUGAGCAUGAACAGCCUGGAGGCCGUGAACGUGGGUGUGCAGCAGAACAACACCGAAUCGUUUGCUGUGGUGCUGUGCCACCUGGCAGAACUACACGCGGAGCAGGUGGGUGGGGUGUGUGUGACUGCAUGCUCUGGUUCCACACAGUCAUUUGCUCUGUAACUGGCAGUUCUUUUUCUUCCUGGAGGCUGGAGGGAGAGGUCACUCUUCCCCUGAAGCAGCACCUUGGUUCUAAAAGGCUCUGGGACAGCCUGGGAAGACUGUCCUUGGAGAAAUUUGGCUUUUAAACUAGGAGAGCAAGUCUCUGGCCGUCUUCAGCCCUCGACAGACACCCCUUUGCUGCUACAGAGAGCUUUUGCUCCAGCUUUUAGCUCCUGGAAGAGAGAGGACAAGAUGUGCCAAAGCCUCAGAGGCCUAGGAAUUAUCUGUCACCCCUGGGCUUCUCCUGACUGCUCGUUUUUUUCCACCAGCCUUUUGCUGUUCUGUUAAUAUUGUUAUUGCUUUGUUCCGUGGUUUUUAAUACAGUGGAUGCUCGGGUUGCGAACGUGAUCUCUGUGGGAAGCACAUUCGCAACCCGCAGCACCGCGUCUGAGCACACGUGAUCGCGAUUUGGCAUUACUGCGCAUGUGCAAAGCGCAAUUUGGUGCUUCUGCGCAAGCACCAAAACCCAGAAGUAACCCGUUCCAGUACUUCUGGGUUUCGGCGCGGUGCACAACCCAAAGCAUCUGUAACCCAAGGCAUGACUGUAUUAAAAUUUUAGUAAAAGACUUGUUUUGAUUUUAGUUGUGAUGGCCUUGUAAUCCACCCUAGGACCAUUUGGUGAAUGGGGGCUGCUAUAAAUAUAGAUAAUGUAGGGUUGUCAUAUUUCAAAAAGUAAAAACCAGGACACCCUGAAAGUUGUUGAGCCCAAAUGUUGUCGGGACAUAUGGUAGCCCUAAGAUAAUGUCUAAUAAUACAUAUUCGGGUAUCGUCUGAAUCUGCUGUGAGCAUGCUUGCUUGCUUGCCUCCCUUGUCUGUCAGACUUCCAAGCCUUUUCAAUCAUCCUUAGGCUCCACCCCCUCAUCCAGUAGGGUUGCUUUUUCUCCUUGUGGCACUACUAUCUCACCCACCAAUCAAUUCAGCUGUUGCACAGUCCAUGCAGGACACCAGUGGAUGGUGCCCACUUCCAAGAUGUGGCUGGGUUCUCGGUUUCCCAUUCUGGGAAAGAGCAGCUCCCAUCAGACCACCACCUUGGCGUUCACAAAUUGAUGACACUUGCCCACUGUGGAGUCCCCUUGUCAAGUGAACUCUCUGGUUGGAUACUCAUGCAAGUGUCGUAUGUUUGACAGCUUUCCAUGACUGCCCAAGUAUAGCCAUGAUGUGCUUUGGGGGCUCCACCUGAAAAAGUGAGUCUAAUGGAGAAUAGUUCCCAGGUCCCAGAAGGUUCUACAGCUCCUGCUUGCGUAGAACCAUUUUAAAUUUUCCAUUUCUGCAUCUGACAAAGUAGGCCAUCCUGUGAAAAGAAAAAAAACACCAAACCUGCUCUUAAAAUCACUUAUUUGUUGAUAAUCUGCAAGAGGCUGCUGUUGUAAUGGUGUGUUAAUCAGUUAUUUAUUUUCAGGCUGUUUCAUUCUGGGGCACUUUAUAUUAUUUUUCUAUUUCUCUUCUAAACUCCUUUGUGUACCAUGGCAAAAAGGCAGGUUAGGAAAUAAAAAAGAAAUCAAAUAAAUAGUCAAGCACAGAGUCCAGUCAAAGGCAAGUUCUGUUAGGGCUCCUUCAGUGAGAGAGUUCUCACUUCUGUUGAAAUCAAUGUGACUUAAAAGCACUUAGCCUUAGCAGGAUUGUUCCCCAAAUCUUAAUUUUUUUUCUUGGAAUUCCUAUAGACAUCAAGGUUUCUGUUUUGAGAACCAAUUUCUUGAACAUUUACUUCAGUCUUUUCUUUCUGUGUAUGUUUGUGUCAGGGCUAUUUUACAGCAGCCUCUGAAAUACUGAAGCACCUCAAAGAGAGAUUUCCUCCCAACAGUCAGCAUGCACAGGUGAGGCCCAAUGUUUGGACUGUAAGCUCCUUGGGAGCAGAGACUUAUCUUUUUUUAUGACAUAGGGAUGAUGAUGAAGAAGAUGAAGCAGCAGCAGCAAAGCAUCAGCACUCUCAGCUUGCUUUGGGUAGCAUUUCUGAACAGUGCUGUGUCCAGGAUUUGAGGGGCCUUCUUAACCUCUUAAAUUCCCAUGCUUCACCUGGAGGAAGCUCUCUGCAGACUUAAGUGAGAAUAGUUAUGGUUCCCACAUCUCAAAAAGGCUAAUGUACAGCUGGGGAAAGACGAACAGAAAAGGUGAAAAGUAAAACACCACCCAAAAUGUGACCAGGGAUCUGGAGCAGCUCACCUGGUGAAAAAAGGCUAACAUGGUGCCUCCCCAGUGCUGUUGGGCUCCCAUCUCCCUCCAGCCCCUGCCAGCAUGGCCAGCGCUCAAGGAAGGUGGGAGGUGCAAUCCAGCAACAUCUGGAGGAGCCACAGGUUCCUCUGCCCUGGUUUAGAGAUAAGGCGGCAAAUGAUGCCAUUAUGCAUGGUGUGAAGAAAGAAAAGUGAUUCUCCUCCUCCUCUCCUUGGUCCUCCAAGGAAGGUGAUUGGCAUGAGAUUCAGGGCAGGCAAGAGGAAGUCCCUUUCCACGCAGCACAUGGUUAAGCAAAGGACUUGGACGAAAGAGUCUCUUCAGUAAAGGGACAGGGAGGGGACUGCAGGGAUGAGUGAACUGGAAAAGAGAUGCCACCUGAUCCAGGAAUAUCGGAAAGGACUUCCGGAUGCAUGGACGUGACACCGGUAACGCCAGACGACUGCAUCCUGGAGGAUAAGAAUACCUGACCCAGUCUGCUAAAGCAAGCACCCCAUCCUCUGGGUUCUGUCAUGGCCAUCUUGGCUACAGCACCCUUUGAUUUGUGUCAGGCCAAAGAAAGCAGAACCUGAAAUGUUAGUACCUCUGUAAAAUAUAUACCUAUAUGAAGUUGGCGUGUCAUAUAUUUAUGAGGUGUGUGUGUAAGUAAGACUCCUGUCCUGUUUCUUUUUAACCUGAUCCGGAAAUGUUCUUCUCCAGCUGUGGAUGCUGUUUGAGCAGAAGAUCCAGUUUGACAGAGCUAUGAACGAUGGCAAGUACCAUGUUGCUGGCUCCCUGGUGGCUGGGAUUACAGCCCUGAAUAGCACCGAGGGGGUUUACAGGUAAGAGAUCACACACCUGCAGGAACAAGGGCCUCUUCUGAUGUCCCCUUGAAAAGGGAUUAGCAUUAACAUGGGAUUAAAAUGCCUGUGGGAUAAGGCAUUGUAUUCCUCUUUCUUUCUUUCUACUUGUGCUAGCUUUUCCCACUGUUACACUGUAGAAAAUAAAAAUAAAAAAUAUACACAAGACAUUUUGUACAUGCAUUUACCGCAUGAGUUGGGAAAAGACUCAUUGGCCCUCAGCCGUUGAGUGCGUGGACUGCCAGUGCUGGAUGUUUCACUACCCAUCGUACAGCCCUAGGAGCUUGGAAAAACUUGCUUCUUUUAAGAAGAGAGAGAAACAUAACUAGGAUGCUUCCUUAUUCCCUAUAGGCAAGGCCACAAAUCUGUGGCAGACCACCUACUCUGUGUGCAAAAGGUUCCAGGUUCAGUCCCUGGCGUCUCCAGGUGAAGCUGCACAAGACACCUGUGCGAAACCCUGGAGAGCUGCUGCCAGUCAGUGUAUGUAUGACUGAGCUAGAUGAAGCAAGUUCUACUAUUUGUCUACCUAGCCAAGUAUUGUCUUUUCUGGCUGGCAGCAGCUCUUCUGGAGCUCAGGCAGUCUUUCCUCGCUUGCCACCCAAUGCCAGAGAUUGGGCCUGGGCCUUCCUGCCCCUCUGCGUGCCCCUUCCCUCCGCAGCAUCUGAGCAAGCUGCAUUCUGCAUACCAUGCUGCUCUGCGCCCGCAGUGUGAAUGCUCUGGUUAGGGCAGGAUGCCACCCGUGAGCCCAUAAAUAGAGGGAAAGCAAACAAUUUCUAACGCCCCCUUUCUGAAAAGUCUGUUGCCCGAUGCCAAUUGGCUCUUGCCAUGGCGAGGUGACUUUUGCCUUGCUGAGUUCUAUGACCUUUCAGAUGCGUUGGUGGGAGAGGGGUUAUUUGUUUGCUUGUUAUUAUGUUAUGAAUUUUUGCGUUUUUAUACUGUAAACUCAUCCUUUGAUGAACGGCAGUAUAUAAAUUUAAUAAAUAAAAUAAAUAAAAAUAAAAAGCAAUUAAAAUGCAAUUAAAAACCACUAUGAAUAUAUAAUAUGGACACACCAUGGACUACCUGAAUGAAACUUGCAGACCACAGUUUUGGAGCCCCUGCAUUAGGGUUGAAUCAGAAACUAUUGACGCUUCAUUGCAAUCCAUUCUUUGAAUUAAACUAUUAGAAGUCUGUAUUUUAUUUUGAAAAAUUAUAUCCUGCUUUUCAUCAUCUAGGUCUCAAAGCUGCUUACUAUGAUAAAAAGCUGCUUACUGUGAUAAAAAAACAAACAAUAUACAAAAUUUUAAACAUAAAUUAAACCACAGAAAUUUAAAUUCCCAGAUAUUUUUAAAAGAACAUGAGGAAUUUAUUUCUUUAUUGUUUUUAGUGGUUGGUGGCUGUAAGGCCCUAAAAUGUGGGAUACAUGUAAAUAAAAUCUUACGCUUGAUCCAGCCAAAAAUAAGCACUUUGACAUCCCUUUGAUUUUGAGGGAAGAGAUUUUGAGCACUUGAAAUCAUUGCAAAUUGGGCGUGCUUCAGACUCCAUUUUGGGGCUCCUGGGAUUCUGUCUUCCAGAAAAGCCAUCCUGCUUAAAGCGCAGAAUCAAAUGUCUGAGGCGCACAAACUCCUGCAGAAGCUCUUGAUUCACUGCCAGAAAAUUAAGAACACUGAGAUGGUGAUCAGGUAAGCAUUGAGCUGCCCGUUGCUCCCAAGGCGAGUUUCCCUGGGCGUCUUCUAAGAGCCCUGCAGCCGUGGGGUGAGGCUGGGGGUCCUGCUGGGCCUCUUUCGUGGGCCUGGGGGAAGCUCACAGGGCUUUCCGGUAGCAGCUCCCCCCAUGCAGAAUGCUGUCCCCAGGGAGGCCCACCUGGUAUCAGGGCAGCCCUCAUUUCAGCACUAACAAAUAAUGUUUUGCUUUCCUGGCAUCUGGGCAUCACCAGUAUUUUGAUUACAUUAUAAACAUGCUUGUGUAUUUUUAUUUUUAUUGUUGUUGUUUUUACUCUGCUUGUAAAUCACUUCAGACUUUAUAUUAUAUUUUAUUUAUUUAUUUUAAAAAUAAGAAUAAAAUGCUUGUGCAUUUUUAUUUUUUUUUAUUCUGGUUGUAAUUCACUUCAGAUAUCUUGUAGUGUGCUUCCUUUCACACUGCUUCCUCUACUUUAGUCUCUCCGUUUCCUGCAAGAAGGGGUGGGGCUAUAAUACCAGCUUCAAGUGCUGGACAGGGCCGGUGGCUCAGUAGUAAAGCACCUGCUUUGUAGGCAGAAGGUCCUGGAUUCCGUUCCCAGCACCCCUAGGUAGGAAUAGGUAUGUCUCCGCUCUGAAAGUAUAGUGUCUAGACCAGUGCUUCUCAAAUGUGGGUCCCCAGCUGUUGUUGGACUACAACUCCCAUCAUCCCUAGCUGGCUGGACCAGUGGUCAAGGAUGAUGGGAGUUGCAGUCCAACAUGGCUGGGGACCCAGGUUUGUGAAGCACUGGUCUAGAUCAAGGGAACUAAUAGCACCGCUCUAUCUUGCCUUGGUCAGACCCAGCCUGGAGUCCUGUGUCCAGUUCCCAGCUGAGAAGCUGGAAGGUAUGUAAAGGAGGGUGACCAGGAUGGUCAAGGAUCUGGAAUCCAAGCCUUAUGAAGAACAGUUGAGGGAAUUGGGUAUUGGUUGAGCCUGGAGAAGAGGAGAGGUGCUAUCUGAAGGGCUGUAACAUGGAGGAUGGAGCAGGCUUGUUUUCUCCUUCUCCAGAGGGUGGGACCCGAACCAAUGGCUUCAAGCUCCAACUAAACCUCAGGAAGAACUUUUCUGCUGGUAGGAGCUGUUCGACAGUGGAAUGGACUAUCUUGGAAUCUGUAGACUCUCUUUCAAUGGAGGUUUUUAAGCAGAGGUUGGAUGGGCUAUUUGUCGGGAAUUCUUUGACUCCAUUUCCUGCAUUGUAGCAGGUUGGACUCCAGUACGUUUCCAAGCACAAUUCAAAGUGUUGGUGCUGACCUUUCAAGCCCUAAACGGCCUUGGUCCAGUAUAGCUGAAGGAGCGUCUCCACCUCCAUUGUUCUACCCGGACACUGAGGUCCAGCGCCGAGGGCCUUCUGGCAGUUCCCUCACUGCAAGAAGCCAAGUUACAGGGAACCAGGCAGAGGGCCUUCUUGGUGGUGGCACCCGCCCUGUGGAACACCCUUCCACCAGAUGUCAAAGAGAACAACAACUACCAGACUUUUAGACGACAUCUGAAGGCAGCCCUGUUUAGGGAAGCUUUUAACGUUUGAUUCAUUAUUGUAUUUAAUAUUGUGUUGGAAGCAGCCCAGAGUGGCUGGGGAAACCUAGCCAGAUGGGCGGGGUAUAAAUAAUGUUAUUAUUAUUAUUAUUAUGACCCUUUGGGCCCCUUCCAACUCUAAAAUUCUGUGGCUCUAUGAAACCCUGGAGAGCCACUCCUGCCAUACUUGACAAUUGGGACCAGUGGUCUGACUUGAUAGGCAGUAGCUUCCUACAUUCCUAAGAGUUGGGUUUCCCCGCUCCUCUACUUACGCACACUGUUGUAUUUCUUUCCUUGCUCCCCCCUGCAUGACUUAGUGUCCUCCUGUCCAUUGCUGAGCUCUACUGGAGGUCUCUGUGCCACACAAUAGCUCUGCCCGUCCUGCUGCAGGCACUGGCUCUGUCCCAGGAAUUCCGCCUCCAGUACUUGGCCUCUGAAACCAUCCUCAACUUGGCUUUCUCCCAGGUAUAUUUGGCACAGGUGCAAGCAGUACCUGCUUUGUUCUUCCUGCUCCUUUAUGCAGUUCUAUCAGUGUGCCGUAAGGGGACAGCCCCUCGCCCCAAGAGGCUUGCAGUUUAAAAUUUGAUGCACAAAAAGAAAUAGUAAAACUUACAUAUGCAUAUAAGUUUAAUACAUUUAUCAGUGUUUAAUUGUUUUAAAAUGAUUGCUCUAUGUUUUCAGGGGUUCUUAUUUUUAUCUGUAAAUAAAUAUAUAUUUUUAUGUAUAAAAAUCUAUAAUAAUUAUAAUAAAAGGGGGGAUAAUAGGCAUUUAUUUCAUUCUCCUGUACUUGGGCUUAGUGAAUGACCUUGGGAUGUGAGAUCUAAAACAGCCGUUCACCAACAUAAUCUGCAGUUGGGACUCCAAAUCCCAUCAGUCCCGGCCAGCGCAGCCCAGCCAUUGGGGAUGGUGGGAAUUGUAGUCCACUCACACCUGGGAGUGUCACAAGUUCCCGAAACCCCGUUUUAACUUCUACACAAUACCUAAUUCAGCAAAGCGAAAUCUAAACCAGCAGGUGAUGAUCUCUGCCUGACAUUGGGGGCUCCCGCUUCCCUUCCAGCUAAUUCUUGGCAUUCCCGAGCAAGCGCUGAGCAUUUUGCACAUGGCGAUUGAGCCCAUCCUGGCUCACGGGGCAGUGCUGGACAAAGGGGCCGCCAUCUUCCUGGUGGCCAAGUGCCAGGUCGCCUCUGCUGCCUCCUACCCUCCCCAGAAGAAGGCGGAAGGUAAGACCUCUCCGUGCACCUCCUCAUCUCUAUUCCAUAGGCAUGCGAGUGAAACGAUAUAUUGCGGGUGGGAGGACUCAGCCCAGGAGGCACAGGCCUUCAAGGGCAUCCCUUGGGUACACACAUCACCCUCCGUCCUCCGCCCAGGGACACAGUCCAGCCAGGGAAGUGAUAUGGGAAGGGGACAGAGCAGGGCCAAGAAGAGGUGUGGCUGGUGGAGGCUUGGUUCAGGCAGAAUCCUGAAGGCCCAGAUAGGCAGAUGGCUUUAUAAUCUAUUUAAUCAACUGCAUUUUAAUAUAUUUCACUGUUUGAUCUUUGAGGAGGGGGGUGUUUUUUUAACAGUUGGGCAAUAUAUGGAUUUUAUGAAACAAACAAGACAAAUGUUUAAGCAGGAGAAGAAAAACUUUGCUCUUUUUUGACAGCUCUGGAGUCAGCUAUCCUGAACCUCAACGAAGCCAAAACCUAUUUUGCCAAGGUGGAGUGUAAGGAGCAGCUCCGGGAUGUCCUUUAUCUGCAGGCCAGGCUCUUCCACAGCCUUGGCAAGGCCCAGGAGAGGAACCAGUGUGCCAUGCUCUUCCGCCAGCUGCACCAGGAGCUCCCUGCGCGGGGGGUCCCCUUGAUCAACGCCUUCAAAUGAGCCCUUUGAGCAGAGGGCCUCAUUCCAGAACAACAGGGCUCAGCGCCGUUCUGCUUCAGCAGGACUUGGGCAAGAGAACUCUCAAAUAGAUUGCCUCCUAAGCUGUUCCUCUACAGCAGCCUUUCCGAGACUAGUCCUGUCCUCAUGUUUGGGCUGGGGCUGAUGAGGUGGUAGUCCAAAACAUCUGGAGUUUCUCCCCCACCUCCUUCCAUUUAUUAUUAUAUGUCUCUUCUUCUGUGCAAUCCUCAGCGUUUGGAAAUCAGUAUCAAUAAAGUUGUAGGUUUUGGGGGUUUUUUCUUGCUACAAAGAAGGAUGUUUCUGUCUGCCCUGAAAUAUGUUUCGCUUUGGCUGCAAUUCAUGGUUUGCUUGGGGAUUUCCUGCCCCCCCUUCUUCUUGCAGCUGAGACUUGAGCAUUUGGCUUUACAAGUGGCUCCAUUGUAGGGAAAGUAGGCUUCAGGAGCACAAAAGGUUACUUGUGUGGGCAGCUAAUUGGCGACUUACUUGCGAAUUGUGCAAUUUCUUCAUAAAGUGUGGGACUUCUCCCCGCCUCCCCUGUGUUUGGAAACAGAAGUGGUUGGCUCAGAAAGGACUAAGAGCCUGUAUGCCUGGCUUGGAUGCAGUACGAUCACUUUCUUAAAAUACUUCUAGGUUCCACAAAGCAUGCCAUCCUCACCAGCUUCUAAGGAAAAGAACAAAAUUUCUAGCUCUCGUGGACGUCUCAGGAGAUCUGAAACCACAUGAACAAAGGCAACCCCAGCUUCACCACAAUAGUUUAAACAUUAUGUAUCCUAAGUAUACUGACAUUACAGUGUGCUCUAUGUGGGGCUACCUUGGGAUUGAUCUGGGCACUUCUGCUGUUGCAGAACGCCGUGACUUGGUUGCUUGUUGGGGCAUAUUUGCCUUGUUUACAGGGUUUGCAUCACUGUCAGUUUGUUAACGAGCCAAGUUCAAGGUGUUGAUACUGACUUAAAAGUUCCUGUACAGCUUGGGACCAGGUUACCUGAGAGACUGCCUUAUCCCUUAUACACCCAGUAGGUGGCUGCAGUCUGCAGGAGAGUUUCUCUUGCAAGUUCCAAAGAUCUCAGAAGCCCGCUCUGCAGAAACUCUGAGCAGGGCUUUUAGUGCGGCUGCUGCUGUUGUAUGGAAUAGCUUUCCCCUCAAGAUACAACAAACACUCAUUAUCCUCACUUCCUGGAAAGAGUCAAAUGUAUUUUUGUUCCAGCAGCCUUUCCCAGCUGGAUAAAUGGGUCUUCACCAUGGUAUUAAUCUUCUAAAUGCACUUGUUGCUUUUAAGUGUUUAUUAGGAGAAAUUCACAUUAAAUUGUUGAGAAAUUUUCAUGAUUUUUAAAAAAAGAAACUGAUGUGGAAAACUGAAGAUAGGAAAAAUAAAAAACUGAGAGACCUGAAAAUGGCAGAUUUGUCUAUCCCUGGUGACUACAAGAUGCUAAACUGUUGAGUGAGGUGGGGUGGGUGGAAUGGAAUGGAGUAUCCUGGCAGAUGGGGUAACUGGCUUGCUAGAACCCUGAACAGAAGUGUUCCACGUUACCACAUAUUGUUUCAGGUCCUCUGUAUCGGUGCCCUUUCCAUUUCCAUAUAUGCAGUCUUCGUAUCCAGCUCAGAGCCACAGUUCCUGCCAUGACCACAAAACAGCGAGAGGGUUUACCCAAUGGAUCAUGUUGUGUUUGUGUGUGUUCCUGCAAGACGGGUUCAAAUCCUCAGUGGACGGCCUUGGGAAAUCAUCUGUGCCUCAUCUCUCCCACCAGCAAAAUGGGAAUAAAUAAUUUAUAGGAGUGAGAGAUGUAAAAUGCCAUGUGUGCUUAAAUGACCUGAUCAGGGGAGCUGCUGGCUCUCCAUUCCUUUUGCUGGGAGGGAGAGGAGGGACCACACACAGGAUAGACACACCCUGGGUACUCCCAUCUUUUGGACUGGCCUGACAAACUGGGUUUGGCGAGUUCGAAUCAACUCGCGCUGGCCCAAACUACUUUCUUAUUUUGCAGCUGAAUGAAAGGAAAACCACUGAGUCACAGAGCCCUGCCACGAUUCUGUGUCAGAAAAUUGGUUUUGCAUUUCAUGUCUAUUUGACCGUAUAUAUUGGGACAGGGUACCCUUAUGGUUGACUGUGCAUGUUAUAUAGGAACUUCUAUAGCAUACUACACUGUAAAGGCCAUACUAAGCGGCAGAGUGCCUUCCCUGCAAAGCAGCAGGUUCCAGGUUCCGUCCUCUCUGGCACCUCCAGGUGGGGUUGGGAGACUCUUGCCUGAAACCACUGCUGGCGAUGAGCGUAGAUUAUGCUACAUUUGAGCCAAAUGGUCCAAGGGUCUGAAAGCAGCCUCCCAUGCUCCUACUUCCUUUUGAUUGUCUUAGCCUAAUGCAUCCUUCAAAUCGGCUCACUCCAACCAUGUAAGCAUAGCCAGACUGAGUCCCAGCCCCUUUGGGGAUGCUUACGGUUUCGGGAGGGUUGUUGUUGUUGUUUUAGCACUGCCAAUGCAGCUUUAUGAUUAACAUCCUUAUUUGUUGACAUAGUGCUGUGGGUGUUGGCAGGUAACCCAUUAUUUUCAAAGCUAAGAGCGCACCUGUGUUCCAAAGUCCGUUGGAGGCAGACUGGUUUCCAAAUUGCAAGCUUUACCAGACGGCUGAUAUAAAGCAGUCCUGGACGCUGUGUUGUUUUUAUUCGUGCAUUAUUGAAAACUCUUGGAUGGCAAAGUCCUCCAGAUGCGACCUGGGAGCUGGAGAAGAGCCUAGGAGCAGCUUUUAGCACAUGCAAAGGUAAUGCAAAUCUGUCUUGAGCAAUUGUUUCAGCGGAAAUGUAGCUCUGGGGUGUCCGCUUUUAAGUAGGCCACCCCCCUCUUCGUUAGAGUCGGGGUGUCUGGGUAGGAGGAACCUUUAACAUCUUGGCAUAGCCUUGGAAGCAAAGCAGCCCAGUGGAAGGAAAUCAUCAGGAGUUGUGUAGGCUCUCCCAACCUGUAGGUUGCAUAGACAGCAAAUUUCCUAUUUUCAAGGCAGUAGCAGUAUUGGACUACAACUGUAAGCCUACUUACUAGAAAUGAACCCCGAUGAACUCUGCAAGACUUACUUUUAAGUAAGCAUGCAUACGAUUCUUCUACAAGAAAGAAGAUUCCACCUAAACCUUAGGAAGAACUUCCUGACAGUAAGAGCUGUUCGACAGUGGAAUUUGCUGCCAAGGAGUGUGGUGGAGUCUCCUUCUUUGGAGGUCUUUAAGCAGAGGCUUGACAACCAUAUGUCAGGAGUGCUCUGAUGGUGUUUCCUGCUUGGCAGGGGGUUGGACUCGAUGGCCCUUGUGGUCUCUUCCAACUCUAUGAUUCUGUGAUUCUAUGAUUGUAUGCUAGCAAGGGAGAUGUGAAGCAAUGCAAGAAUCACAAAUAAAGCAUCCCUGACAGAUCAAUCAAUCAAUCUCACCAUCUCUAUACAUGGUGAUUUACAAAGAACAGGUUUGACAGGUCCCUGCCCCAUUAAAAAUGAAAGAGAAUAGACAUGGGGUGCAACAUAUGGGAAGAAUAUGCAAUUAUUUCAAAUGUACUUUGGCUUCAUUACAAUGGAUAUUGACACCAGCAAUUGGUUUCAAAUGCUAUUUUUCUCUUGAUACUUCUGAUAUUUUAACUUUGUUUGUUAUUGGUUAAUUAUGAUGGCUUCAUUAUCUGCAAACAGAAAUACUGAAUGCUGGAUACAAAUUUGUAAAUAAAUACUGACCCACCAGUGUUGGGUAAGCACUGAAACAGAAAAGGAGAGUUCUCCUUUCAACUACGGUACUUCCUUUUUUGUGUGAUAUCUGAUCAGUCCUUUUUACACAUUUAAUCCCUGCCCACCCCCCUCUGCAAGGUACCAGUGGUUUAAGAAUGGCUGUGGGCCUUUGAAGGAAAUGCAGCUGAAACUCCAAGUGCUAAAACUGUGCCUGCUUGGAAGCUGUUGAACAAAACAACUUUCCCGGUCACACACAAAAACCCAGCCAGUUGCUGCUGUCCAGUGCUGCAUAUCUUUGGAUAUUUGUGAUGGCAGGUGAGAAAAAAACAAAGCCUCCUUCUCCCCAAAAAGUGCUUUGGGUGUGUUUAGGCAGCAGGCACAUGGUUAAUGGAGACGCUACAACAUUGCUCUGCCUGGCAUGUUGCCCUUACUAAGCCUCUGAGCAAGUUGGUGUCCUGUUUUUUUUUUGACUGCCAGUUUGAAAAUGGAGUUUACCUUCAACAGUGAUUUUUUUUUUUUUUUACAAUUUAGAGUGAUGUAUGGAACGUGAUAUGCAACACCCAUUUUCUCCCCUGUCCAGCUUGUAUCCAUGAUAGACAUGCCUCUUGCCUUGCCAUUUACUUAUUAUUUACUUAUUGCCAAGAGUAAACCCCAGCACUGAAUUGUUUUAACAGUGGGUGUGGUGUAGAUUUACCUGAGAACUGCAGCAGCAGAGUAUGAAAGAGACUGAGGGGGAGAAAUUGGAGAGAAUUGGUCAGCUUGUCCGUUGCCUGUUCUUUUGGUGUUGUUGCCUCCGGAAAUUUAAUGUACUGGUAGGUUUUAUGCAUUCUGGUCUGCAGGAUUUCAGACGGGACAUUCCCGGCCCUGCUGGGUGUUGGCAGGGAUUGAACCUGGCCUGGUACCUUCUGCAUGCAAAGCAGAUGCUGUAAGGUUGAGCUACGGCCCUCCAUCUUUCUGCUAAGGCUUUCCCAAAAAAUAUUUACAGUACAAUAAUCCUGGUUCCAAGCUCAGUCUUCUUGGAAUUUUCAGAAGGGAAAGCUGUCAGCCCUGGUAAGCCAGGCCUUUGCUUUUUCAGAGAACGUUUGGAGUUGCUCCUGGAAGAAGCAUGCAGGCUGUUGUAUUUUCAUAAAAACAACUGCUUUGUAGACCUUUUUGGAGAGGAGGUUCUGUGUUAGUCUUUUGCAUCAGGAACAACAGAGAGCUUUGUGGCACUUUAACCAAUUUAUUAUGGUAUGAGAUUAAAAUGGGCAUAUUUUACGAUUAUCCUCUGCAUAUAUGUUCCUAUUACUUGGAGCAAAAAAAUAAGUGAACAGGCAGACAGCAGGGAAGGACCCCUGAACUAAUAUUCUUAUAUGCACAUUUAUUAUUAAAAAUGUCAUUAAUUCUCAACUUAAUCUCUCCCUUGCUUUUAUAAACUUCAAACAAAAAAAUGAUGUGCACUACUGCCAUAGUCACAUAGAAGAGUGACUAGUGGGGUGCCACAGGGUUCUGUCUUGGGCCCGGUCUUAUUCAACAUCUUUAUCAACGACUUGGAUGAUGGACUCAAGGGCAUCCUGAUCAAAUUUGCAGAUGACACCAAACUGGGAGGGGUGGCUAACACCCCAGAGGACAGGAUCACACUUCAAAACGACCUUGACAGAUUAGAGAACUGGGCCAAAACAAACAAGAUGAAUUUUAACAGGGAGAAAUGUAAAGUAUUGCACUUGGGCAAAAAAAUGAGAGGCACAAAUACAAGAUGGGUGACACCUGGCUUGAGAGCAGUACAUGUGAAAAGGAUCUAGGAGUCUUGGUUGACCACAAACUUGACAUGAGCCAACAGUGUGACGCGGCAGCUAAAAAGCCAAUGCAAUUCUGGGCUGCAUCAAUAGGAGUAUAGCAUCUAGAUCAAGGGAAGUCAUAGUGCCACUGUAUUCUGCUCUGGUCAGACCUCACCUGGAGUACUGUGUCCAGUUCUGGGCACCACAGUUCAAGAAGGACACUGACAAACUGGAACGUGUCCAGAGGAGGGCAACCAAAAUGGUCAAAGGCCUGGAAACGAUGCCUUAUGAGGAAUGGCUAAGGGAGCUGGGCAUGUUUAGCCUGGAGAAGAGGAGGUUAAGGGGUGAUAUGAUAGCCAUGUUCCAAUAUAUAAAAGGAUGUCACAUAGAGGAGGGAGAAAGGUUGUUUUCUGCUGCUCCAGAGAAGCGGACACGGAGCAAUGGAUCCAAACUACAAGAAAGAAGAUUCCACCUAAACAUUAGGAAGAACUUCCUGACAGUAAGAGCUGUUCGACAGUGGAAUUUGCUGCCAAGGAGUGUGGUGGAGUCUCCUUCUUUGGAGGUCUUUAAGCAGAGGCUUGACAACCAUAUGUCAGGAGUGCUCUGAUGGUGUUUCCUGCUUGGCAGGGGGUUGGACUCGAUGGCCCUUGUGGUCUCUUCCAACUCUAUGAUUCUAUGAUUCUAUUUUCAUGAUGGUUUACUAAUCUCUGGCGUAUUCUCUGAGCUGGAAGUUUUCUGUCCACCUCCCUACCCCAGUGACCUACCUCACAGGGUUAUUUCUAGGGAGCUAGUAUUGUAAAUGCACAUUUAUUAUAUCUAGUUGUGGUUUGCAUCCAGAGACAAUGGAAGGAUGCGCCAUGGGGGGGUGAAAUUAAACUGCUGGAGAGCUGCCGCGCUUGCUGUGGCCGUAGAGACCCACGCGCGAGAGAGAGACAUGUUGCGUUGCAGCCGGGGCAGGCGGAGGCGUCGGGUUUGGCUGGUGCGGACGAUGCCCUCCCAUGGCGUUUCUCCUCUCCGCGCUCCUCCUUGCUGUGAUGAUUAAUGCAACCCCCAUCACAGCCUCUGGCUCGCUUUUGCAGUCGUGGGUUGAGGAUCGCCAGGCAGCGAGCUCCAUGUUCUCUGAUCUGUAUCUGCUGCCUCUCCGGCUCCCCCGCCCCCCCCCCCGCCCUGCGGCUGGACAGCAGAAGGAGAAGCGCAAAGAGGGGAGGGGGGAGGGAGGGAGGGAGGGAGAGAGCCCUUUGCAGGAGGGAGGCGCCCCAUCCCGCCCUCCCCCCUCCACAUCUGGGCCACUCACGGCCUCCCUGGGCGGCGCGCCUCCUCCAAUGGGCGGCGCUGCUGCCAGGCCACUCUCACUUUCGGCACAGGAAAAGCUCCCGGCGCAGCCAAUGGGCGCGCAGCUGCUGCUGCUGCUGCUGCUGCUGCUGCUGCUGGCAUCUGGGGCGCCGCGCGGGCGGGGGGGCGGGCAGGAGGGCGCGCAGCUCCCGGGAUCGCGGCUGCAGCAGCAGUAGCAGAAGAGCGGGAGGAGCCGCCGCCGCCGCCGCCAGGUAAGGGAUCGGGGCCGGGCGCGCCGCUGCGCUGCCGCCUCCUCUCCAAGGGCGACGCGUUUCCCGCCUGCCUCCCCCCCCGAAAAAGGAGUCUGGCUUCCGCGGUUGGGGGAUGCUCCGAGGGCGGCGGCGGCGAAGGGAGGCAGGGUCGGGUCUUCAAAGAGAGCCCGGCGGCGGGAUUUCAAUUUGGCGAGGGCCCUUUUAGCCCCCGCCAGCUGCGCAUCCCUCCCGCCCGGAGGACGGCAGCGCCGCGGAAACUCCCGCCGCGGAAAGGCAGCGGGCGCCUCUGGAUGCAGCUGCCUCGGCCGCCUCCGGGCAUCUGGUCUCGGGAGGGGAUGAGAUUCCGCCCCAGAAACCCGGGACACCCCAGGUAGCCCGUUCGCCCUCCCCUGGGGAAAAAAAACUGACGGGGUGGGGGGUGAUGGAACCCCAGGCGUUUUAGACUGCCCAUCAUGUUUUGGUUUUUUCCUUAUUUUCUGUGCACCGCAAGUUUUUGCCAGGAGGCUGCCUUCCGCCCACGGUCCCUCCCCAAGACUGGGAGAUCCAGGGCUUGAGUGGAAAUGUCGAAGUGAGGAUUCCGUGUUGGAUUAAGCGGGUGGAGAGGAGGUCAAGUUGCGUGGAGGGACAGAGGCUGGCUUCCCCCGAAUUAUGAGUUUGAGGUUUCCAGGUUGUGCUGGGAUUUUGACAGCGGAGGCUCUAAUGGGGGGGGGGGGGAUUGCAGUCUGGUGUGCUGGAUUUCUCACUGACCUGCUUAGCUGUGCAAGAGGAUAGAAAUCUAAGAGAAGAGACCCGUUAGGACCUCCUUGCAUCUGGUCCUUCCUUCUUCCUCUUUGCUGUAGGAACGCAAAGCACAGACCAAGGCGGUGCUUGUGGUUGGGACUGAUGUCUCAAUGAGUGCUAGUUUAAAAAACCGUCGGGUUUUAGCUCAGACACAGGCAGCUUUAAAGUUUUAUUUCUCACCAUGCGAUGAAAUACCUCAUGGGCUGAUUUUCCUAGAUCAAGUGUCAAGGCCUGACUCUGCCCCUGCUCCCAAGCGCACACCCAUCACUUGGCAACCCAAGUGGAGUUACUCCGUGAAGGCAGCGCAGAGGGUGUGUUCACACCUGACCCUGAAGUUCACUGCUUUUGUGUGGAUGUGCAGUUGCCGUGGAUGUGGGCUGGAGUGUAAAAUAGGCUUUUUAAAAAGCUGAAUGCCUUUUCUCUUGCUGAAACUGAUCUUGAAUUCACAUGGAAAAUGUAACUGCCAGUUUUAAAUAUUGUCCCAGUGUGUUUUGGAGGAGGAAGGGGCAUCCCUUUCCAUCUGGUUCACUUAGCUCAGGGUGAAAAUGGUUUGGCAAGGCUUGGCAGACAAGGAUUUCUUAGCCCUGACGUUCAUGACACACUUUCACCGUGGAACUGAAACUUAUUGUGGCCGCUCCUUCACAGAAAUAUUCCCAGUGUGACAGUUAUGUGGUGAAACCAUAUCAGUUUUUGGAGAGCGUGUGGCAGAGGCCACAAUGGUUGGUUAACAUUCCCACUGGCUGUUUGCUCCUCCCUGCCACUUUGGGGAGAUUUGGAUGCAGGCAGAAAUGAGUGAUCCUGCAUUUGAGCUUUGAGGCAGUCCUAUCCUGUGGGAGGAGGAUUGUACCAUCUUUUUGAAACAAUAAGAGCUGCAAAAGGUAUUAAUUAAUGUGAUGGACCUUCCUUUCUUUUUCUCAUCUUUUUGUGGUUCCUCACUGAAUAAAUAGAAUGCCACUGCAACAAUGAGGCCUACAAACAUGAUUCCUUGGUGUGCCUGUUUGUCUUUUGAGGAAUUCUAAGCAAAGCUACAUCACCACUUGUAGACUUACCUGCAUGACCUGUUCAGGCUCUAUUAGCAUUGGAACAAGAGUGGUGGCACAAGGCCAUGGAGUCAACAUUGCUAAGAUACUAGUUUACUGCAGCUUUUCCAACAAAGAUAUGUGAAAGUGGGCAGCUUUGCAUUGCUUGGGAUACGUUUUGAUAUUCUGUGCCAAUUUUUGCCAGCCUGGUGCCCGCCAGGCUGAUAGGAGCUGCAUUGCAAAACAUCUGGAGGGCACCAGACUGGCAAAGGCUGUUCUAUGCUUUGCCUUGAUGCAUAAGAUCAGAAUCAUUUAAUUAAUUAAGUUAAUUAUGAUUUUUGAGAGUGAGGUCUCCCCUUAUUAACAGUCUUUCUUCUGCUGCGAGUCAGCUUGAUGAGGACUCUGAAUUUUACUAUUCUGAGAAAGGGGGGCAAUAAUGUUUCCUCUCUCCCUCCACACUUUUAUAAACCUUUACCAUUAACCUUAUUCUCUCUCGUCCCCAUGCACCUACCAAUGAGUUUUAGACCUCUUUUAUGAGUGAAGACUCGCUUUUGUUUAUCUUAUGGUGGCCUUGAAAAGUGUUGUUUCUUUUUUUGUAUACCAACCAGCAAGCAAAAUGUAUUUAUUAUAAUUAUGUUUCAAUAGAUAGAUCCAGCUAUCUUGAUUCUAAAGAAUUUAACUGCUGUGUGUUGAACAAAAUGGCUGGUUUUGAAUCCUUCAGAACAAAACUGGAAUCCAGUGACUAUAACGACCUUGUGUGUUUGGAGCAAGUGAAGUGUGAUAAACUGAAGAGAAAACAAAGGCUCAAUUUGUCCCCUUUUAAAAUCAUAAUAAUGAUAAUAAUAAAUUCCUUCAAGUAGAACUUUUUGUGCUUUCCAUCUCUCUGGUUCUUUCUGCUGCUCUCCCCUUGUUUCUCUUCUGGUUUAUCUCUCAGUUUUACUUCUUUGCAAGCUACAAAGCUUUAUCUCUGCAGAUUCUCCACAUUCCCAUGAGCUGACUUGUAGUCUGACCGUUCCUGAAAAUCCACGUGGCUCGUGGGAUAUUGUCAAGGCACCGUUGUUGGUAUGUGUGGGCUGGUGCUUUUCCCCACCUUAUUCUUUUAUUUUUCUUAUGAUCCUUUUGGUUUAAUUGUUGCAAGAUCAUCUUCACACAAGGGGCUCUCAGAGUUUAUACAGUCAGCCAAUUCAAGUGGCAAAUCCUGAGAUUCAAGUUCCAUAUGUGUGCCUGUGGGUAGGAAUUGUAUGGUUGAAUGUUCUCCAUGGAAACAAAUACACACACACACACUGUCCUUAAUGCACAUAGAAACCAAAUAUGUCAAGCAGAAGGGCUCAGCCCAGCCUGUAUGAAGGUGCUAAAGCUCAGUGGUAGGACAUCUGCUUUGCAUGCAGAAGGCCCCAGUUUCAAUCUCCAGGAAGAGCUGCUCACCGUCAAUGUAGACAAUACCAAGCCAGAUGGAGAAAUGAUUUAGUGCAGUAAAAGCCAGCUCUCUAUGUUCCAGUUUAAUUCAGCCCUUUUAUUCAGAACAAUGAAGACUAUAAUCUUCUUUUUUUAAGGGAAUGGUCAGCAGUUCAGUGGUAGAGCAUAUGCUUUGCUUGUAGAAGAUCUCUGAUUCAGUCCCCAGCAUCUCCAGGUAGGGCUGGGAGAGAAACCUCUUUGAAACCCUGGAGAGUCACCUCUGGAUACUUCCAGCUGUAUUGAGCUAGAUCAGAGGUGGCCAACUCCCAAGAGACUGUGAUCUACUCACAGAGUUAAAAACUGGCAGUGAUCUACCCCUUUUGGGGGUUCAGGUCAAAGUUGUUGAGCUUUUUAGGAAGAAGGAAGCCCCAUUUUUUGGGGUGCAGGGCAAAAGUGUUGAGCUUUUUGAGUUUCUUUGGGGGAGCCAAUGAUCUGCCACAGAUGUCCAGUGAUCUGCCUGUUAGACGUGCCUGAGCUAGAUGGACAAGCUGUUUGGCUUGGUAUAAUUUGGCUUCCAGUGCCAAUCUUAUUUGUCGGGGGAUUUGGGUAGGUGUGUUUUUAAUGGCACAUUAAUAUGGCACACUCCGCUGUGAAUGGAGGUUCUGUUCAGCUAUCAUACCAAAUAGACAAUGGUAUCCUUCUCCUCCUCAACCCACAUAUUUGUUUGAUCCAGGAGUAGCCAAAGCUGCACUCUUCAUAUGUUGCUGGGCUGCAGCUCCCAUCAGCCCCAGCCAGCCCUGUCAAAGGUCAGGCAUCAUGGGAGCUGGAGUCCAACAACAUACGGAGGGACACACCUUCCCCAACCCUCGUCUUAGUAUCUUGGGGCAGCACAUUGCUUAGACUAAUUCUGCAUUGUGCAAUUGAUUCCUUUCCUCUGCCUCAGUGCUCAUCUUCAUUAGAGAACCCUGAUUUCAAGGAUUUUGGGAGAAGGGAGAAAAGCUUCUUCCUAUCUGCUCUGAGUACUGGUUCUGGGGAGAAAAGAGGGGCACUAGAGAGGUUGGGGUGACAUUGUGGGGGAAGAGGAUGCUGGGUAGGGUAGAUCUUUGCUCUGAUCCAACUGACUUCAUUUUUUAAUUGCAUGCAUGUACGAACAAGGCGGUUAACAAAGGGUGUUUACGGUACUUCCUCCCUUUACACCUAGGAAGGAAGAAUGGCAAAUCAAAUUGUGUGAAUAUUUGGAAUUAGCAAAAAUGACAGAAGUAAUUAGAACUCAACAAAAACCAAAGGUUAAAAAAAGAGUGGGAUGUUCUAAAGAGUAUCUGGAAAACCAUUUUUCAGAAGUGUAGGGGGACCUGUCCCCUAAUAAACACCCAAUCAAUCUCCCCACUCGGAAAUUGAAAUCUUUGAACUAGGAUGCUCUUAAAUCCUCGUAGAUUGGGCAAGCGUAAGUGGUGGGGUAAAUCGUCAGGCACAUGACAGCUAUGCGGGCAUCCUCUCUCUUCAGAGGGGAUCCAGUGACGGCAUCCUUCAAUUACGGCAGAAAACAUGGACUGGAACUUCAGAGCUGUAAAGGCUUGUCUCCAUUCCACACUUAUCAUGCUGGUUACGUAGUGAGAGCGAGGGGUCUGAAGUUUGGCAGAAGUGGUCAGCACAAAAGUUGCAUUUUAAAAUAUGAGAUUUCAGGUGGUAAGAAGCUAUCUCAAAAUCUGAAAAGCUCAGAAUGCUGAAAAAGAGGCCAUACAUGUCAAUAACUUGUAUUUCCUGAUUCCAAGACGGAAUUGCAUUUUAGUUCAAGCUCAACAUCUUGUUGAAAGCAGAAAAUACUAAAUUGGGCCCUACCCCCUUUUAAAUUUUAGCCAAUACCUAGGGGCAAGGAUAUGCACCCCUGCCUUCACUGAGCAAAGACCAGCUUCCAAACAGAGAAUGGAAGACUCUGUUGCCUUAGGGAACUGGGGUAUUUGUCUGGAUUUGGCACUGUUUUCACAUUCCACCUGUGUCUCUGCAUAGCUGUCAAGCUCAUUCAAACUGGCCUCUUUUGUGCAUUUGUUUUUUCCCUUUAAUCUGGGGAAUUUAUUUUUAACACACGCCCCUUGCUACUGUUUGCAUUGUUUCCUGAGGCCUGUGCUUUUUCAGUGUUAGCCUGGCAGUUCAGCCCUGUGCAGCCUUUAAAAAUAAAUAAAUAAAACUUCCAUAGCUUUUGAGCAACUGCCUGUAUAUAAUGGGUUUGCAGAGGUUAAUGGGAACAGAAAGAGUUCUAACAGAUGCUGCUUUAACCUCAUUAAAAACAGAUAAAAGUUGCUGGCUCGUGUAGGAUUAGGCCGUCCCAGUGAGUCAAGCAAGGUUUCCAAAAAGUGACGUUUUCCCUUGGGGUUUCUAGGUUGCGUGUGAGGAGCAGAAAACAGAGUAAAGAAAGGAAACUUAAAAGCAAAAGUUGACUUAGUGUGGUGUCCCCUCCAUGAAGCCAUGUUGCUUGCUAGGAAUUUCAUACGCCAAGUUUGAUUAGAAAAUGUGAGGCCUUAGACUGGUCAAGCCUUAGUUUUCUUGUUGGUUGACAUAAGGAGACAAAGACGUAAAAAUAUUCUACUUUAGAUUUGGUCAAGGGACCAGGUGUGGACCUGCACAUCAGUGUAUGGCAUCCGCCAUAUUUGUUUCCCACAAUGCCCUGGAGUAAUGCCUCCACAGGCCUCCACACCUGGAGCCAUCCUUGACCAGUUGUUUCCCAACUUUGUAGCACCAGGAAUUGUGGUUUCCUGUCUGCCACAGAAGAACUACUGUGUGUUGUAGGAGAUUCCAGAAUGUAUGCCAGGGCGCUCACGGUUUAGGUGUAGGUGUGACCUGCCUGUCCUGAUGGACAUAAGAAGAGCUCUCCUGUUCCAUCCACUCUAGCCCUGUAUCCUGUUCUCACAGCGGCUAAACAGAAGUCUCUGGGAAACCCAUGUGCAAGGGCAUAAGCACAACAUCACUCUCCCCACGUACAAUUCCCAGCGACUGGCAUACUGGCUCCGGCAGGGCAGGUAGAAUCCAGCUAGCACUUUGACUAAACCUCUUGUAGAGCCAUCCAAGUUGGUGGCCAUGGCUCGGUCUUGUGGCAAGGAGUUCUGUAGCUUAACUAUGCACUGAGGGAUGUCUUGAAUCUUCCCAAUGUUCAGUUCCUUAGGAUGAUGGCAGAGUCCAUUAAUGGUGAGAGAAGAAGGAAAGCCUCUCUGUCUACUUUUGCCCUGCAACUUUUGUAUACAUCUCCUGUGUCCCCCCCUUUGCAUGCCUUUCUCCUAAGCUACAAAGCCCAGUAUGUAAACUUGGAGCAUGUUUAAUGCUGUGCACUAAGGCCCGGGGGCCGGAUCCGGCCCAAUCACCUUCUCAAUCCGGCCCGUGGACGGUCCGAGAAUCAGCGUGUUUUUACACGAGUAGAAUGUGUGCUUUUAUUUAAAAUGCAUCUCAGGGUUAUUUGUGGGGCAUAGGAAUUUGUUCAUUUCCCCCAAAAAAAUAUAGUCCGGCCCACCACAUGGUCUGAGGGACAGUGGACCAGCCCGCGGCUAAAAAAGGUUGCUGACCCCUGACUUAGAGCCACUUCAAGAACCACACUGUAUUCUCCAGUGUUGCUGCACUGGUGGGGGAAUAUCAAAUAGUGGUGGGCAAAUAUAAGACCACAGCUGCUGCUGCUGCUGCUGCCGGUGGUGUCAGGAAUAUUCCAAGUUCCACCCUGAGCAGCUAGCUUUCAUGGGCAAAAGCAAGUCGCCCAUCCGUUUACUUUCAGAGAGAUUCCCAGAGCAUCAUAGAGAGUUGAAAGGAACUCUGAGUGUCAUCUAGACCAACUCCCUGCAAUGCAGGAAUCUCAACUAGAUCACUUGAAGCACUUUGUGAUCCCCGUCAGCACUAUAUAAAUGCUAAGUAUUUAAACCUUUUAAUACUAUUUUCAAAGGUCUUUCUGUGUCUGCCCUUGAAGUUGCCUUUUUCCUUUUCUACCACUUCCCCUUCUAGUGGUACAGUAAUCUGACCUCUACCCACUUCCAGUGUUCCAUCCUGCCCAUUGCCUCCCCCCCUUUUGGUGCCAUUUUUGGUGCAGGCUUCUGUGUAGCUGGGGGUGUGCGGCAUUGUGGGCACUGUUCCCAGUUAAUGGGGUAACUAUUUUUAUGCACUGGCUGGCAGAGCUCCCAAAACACAGACCCUGAAGUAAAUGGGAGACCAACAGGGUGGGGGUGGGGAUAUGCUAUGCCUUUGCUUUUGUGUGUGUGCAUGUGUGCAUUAAGUGCAGUUACCAGAUUCUGCUCUUAAGUGCAGUUGUGAUUGGUGCAUAAGAAAGCUUUUGUUCAGCAUGAAAACAGCUUCAGCAGUAGCGAUACACCAGGAGCAAAAUCUAUGCUGCAGAUUUUUCAGUGCAGUGUAUGGUGGCUUGUGUGCUAGCAAUGGAUGUAUCCGCACUAGUAGUUUACUCUAAAAUUACAGUUCUCUCUCCCUCCCCCCUCUCUCUCUCACACACACACUUUCUGUAUGCUCACUUGGCCUCCAGCAUGGCCACGAGGAAGAAAUUGGAAGUUCCCACUUCUUUGUUGACCAUUGUGCAGUGUUGCGUCUGAACCCUAAACUCUGGUUGGUCUUAACUCUAGCUAGUGAAAGCAAGCCAGCUUUAUAAACUAUGGUUGAAAUUUUCUUGUUGCACUACUCAUACUUAAGAGUAACCACAGUUUGUCCUAGUUCAGAUGUCACCACAGGGCAGGCUGUGGUUAGCCUAAAGCAGAAGCUAAUGCUUCAGAAUUCCUUCUCAUGGCAGUGCCAGAGGAGAGGAGGAAUAACUCAACCAUGGUUUACAGUUAUGUGCAAACAAGGUGUCUGUCCAACCUGCAGAGCCAGUUCACAUACACUGCAUGUCAAGUGCUUUGAACACUCACAAAAAGUGGUGUAAGUGCUGAGUAUUAUUACAUCGGCAUGCAUGAGAAUUAAAAUAUAGAAUACAAUAAAUCAACCAGAUAACAGAAACAAAAUCAAGGAUCAAAAUUAAAUAUUCAUCUCAAAAAUUAUCAAAAUUAAAUGCUUCCCCAACUAACCAAUCAAAAUGAACCAAUUAGCCAAAAUGAACCAACCCCCAAUUUUACACCUAUUGUUGUUCUCAAGUAUAUUUUUCCCGCCCCAAAUGCCCAACAGAACCCUUUUUAAUAUUUUAAGAUGCCCAAACUGGGGUUUCUUCCUGGUUUCUAAUCCAAGCAUAAAACUCUGUUUUCUUUCCUGGUGUCAGAAGCAGCAAAGCCGUGUCCAUGAGCCUGUGGCUCAGGCAUCUAACUUCAAACCAUUUGGCACAAUAUGCAUUUCAAUAAAUCUUCUGUCUAUUAAAUGGACACUGAUGGAAGGCAUGACUUGUUUGCCUUUAAAUCUUGGGCUUUGUUUGUUUCUGAAGUGCAUUGUUGGCCCUGCUGGCUGCCUCCACUUUAUACCUCUGUGUGCCAGCGAUUCCAAGAAAUUUUUGCAGCAAAAUGUUUCCUUUCGUCUUUCUUCACGAUGCCUGUUUAAUCAGAUGGUUCCCUUUAGCUCUCAGAGGCCCUGGUUGCUGAACCACAUUUGCCAAAUGAAUUGAAGAUUUGAUACAAGGAUCGCUCUAAAUCAGAAUCCCAGUACUGAGCGUCUCUAGAUGAAGCAGGCAAGGAGAUAAUUUAAUACUCGUAGCAUGUUACUGGUGUCAUUUCCUUGACCUGCAAAACACAGGUGAUAGAAUCUUGUCUAGCCAAGUGGGAAAACGUAUAUUUUGUACAGUUAUACUUGUGUCUUGCUAACUGAUUUACUCAUUUGUUCUCUUAGGGGUGUAAAAAUUGUUGGUACAGCAUCACAUGUGCUAGAUAACUAGAUUUUGAUACAGGUGUAGUGCAAGGUUCCCUCCUUACUAAAAACGAGGCGUUCCCGGGAACAAUGUGCAUCACCCUCGUCCAGGCAUGUCAAAAGUCCGUUUCGGGGCCUAAUCUGGUCCCUGUGGCAGUUUAUUUUUUAAAAAAAGGUCAAUAACUUUGGUUGGCCCUUUGGUCGGCCCCCAAAGCCCUUCACUUCAUCAAAUCUGGCCCUCUUUGAAAAAAAGUUUUGACACCACUUAGUCUCUCGCUCUAGACUUCUUUUUAUGGGCAGGUUCAAGGUGGAUGUUCCUUCCUCAGGCUGCCCAAAGCGGUUUCCCUUUCAGCUGCCCUCUCCACACCCAGUACAGCAGGUUUGCUGAGUUUUCCAGGGGUCUUUAGAGGAAACCACAGAAUAGCCCACCCCUACAGUAGGCUGCUCGUUGUCUCUCAAGAUAAAUCUCCAGAAAAGUCCAGUGGCUCAGGCUAAAACAUGGGGGCUGACUUAUAAAAGAGCAGAGGGCUGUCUGUCCUGCCUAUUGUAAUUCAGAAACAGUGUGCCUCAGAGAUCACAUUAGUGCAGACAGCACCUAGACUCCAUUCCAUAUUCACUGCGCUGAGUUGCCCAGCCUCCAGGGCUGACUUGAAGUCUCCAGCCUUUCCUGACCCCCUCCAAGUAGCUGGAGGACGGCUUGAAUCUCCAGGUGGGCAAAAGUGCAUUUUUUAAAAAUUAAGAAGGCUAUGUGUUCAGCUUAGAAGUGUCAGCCUGGCAGGAUCCAACUGCAAUUGCAUACUCUUUUUCCCCCAAGGGGGGAAUCUAUCUGUCCUCUGUUUCCGCCUCCCUCUCCCAAUUAACCCCUGUCUCCAGGGCUCAGUGGUGGGGGAAAGCGCAGAGGAAAUAUCAGCGCCCCUAGGUCUCAGGUUUGGGCUCUGAGAUUUCAGGGUCUGGGAUUCUCCUGACCUGGCGACCCUAUCGAUCAUGCUUUGUACUUUCUUUGUGUGCUGGAGGGUGUAAUCCUGCAGUCCCUUUAGGCUGCUGUUAUCUCUCUCUGGUGCUUGGAUGGUGUAUUUUUGGUCUCUUAGGAAGCGGCAGUCAGAGAACUGGGUUUGCUGUUGGUGUGUGUGAAUGUAUUCCUGCUACGAAUUACAUUGCCUUUUCCCACUUUAAUUUUAACAUGUCAAAUGAAACAAGAGGGUGGGCAGUAUGGAGGGUGAUGGCAACCAGCCAUUUUUACUUUAGGGGAAAAUGGUUGCAUUUCAUGCAUUUUAUUUGGUGCCUGAAAAAAGCAAUUGUGCAAUUACAAAGACUUUUGCCUCUACCACCCACCCGCUUUUAAUAUAUAUCCAUAUAACUGACAUGGAGCUUCUGCUAUACUGAUUUAGAGUUGCUGGGCCAGAGGGCACUGCUUUAACAGGAAUUUUAAUUUUAGAUAAGUGUCUCUCUAAUUUUAAUGACUGCCUUUCCAAAGUGUUAAGUAUGACAAGAAGGGGGGGGAGUGUGGGCAGGGGAGGAAACAAUUGCAUGUGAUCUGCCUUCCCUAUUUUUGCUGAUGAUCUUUUGACAACCUGGGAAUUCAGAAAAUAAUAGUUAUUAUAGCAUGUCUUCGCUGUAAAGGGACCCUCAAGGUGAACUUUAGGGGGAAAUGGUUUUAUGAAGUGCAUGGUGACUAAGGCUGCAUAUAUGCACAUAUAUGGAGCAUACAUCUUAGUAAAUAUGAUUGCACCGUAAAUUGCACUAUAAUUGCACCGUCAAAAGCUAUCAGCCAUGAUAGUUAAGAAUGUAGCCUUCAGUCUUAGAAGCAGUCUACCUGUGAUAGGGUUGCCAUAUUUUUAAGCACCCCAACAAAAUUGUUAAGCUUUUUUGGGGGGAAAACCUGACCCAUAAACAGCUUUUUGAGCUGUUUCCUCUGCUUUUUUCAUCAUGUUGCCUUACAUCCGGGUUUUUCCUGACAUUUUGCCAUUUUUACACCCGGAGAAUGACAUGUCAGGAAUUUUCCUGACAUAUGGCAAGCCUAACCUCUGAGUAACAGUCACUGGAGGCAUGCCGGGGCUGGCCACCUCUAGGCAAGGCAUUGGAGCUGAUUUGGACAACGGCAGCAGCUUAUAGAGUCAUAGAAUUUUUUAGUUGGAAGGGGUCCUGAAGAUCAUCUAGUCUAAACCAAUGCAGGAAUCUCAGCUAAAGCAUCCGUGGCAAAUGGCCACCCAAUCUCUGCUUAAAAACCUGUAAAGGAAGGAGAGACCUCCGCCUUCUGACAGAGUCCCUUCCACUGUCAAACCGCUCUUUCUGACAGCAAGAGUUCUUCCUGAAGUUUAGUUAGAAUCUCCUUUCUAGUAACUUGAAGCCAUGGGUUCGAGUCCUACCCUCCAGAGCAGGAGAAAACAAGCUUGCUCUGUCUUCCACGUGACAGACCUUGAGAUAUCUGAAGAUGGCUGUCCUAUCUCUUCUCAGUCUUCUCUUUUCCAUGCUAAACAUACCCAACUCCCUCAACCGUUCCUCAUAAGGCUUGGUUUCCAGACCCCUUACAAAUCUUAGCUGCCGUCCUCUGUUCCAGGUUGUUAUGCAGGAUAGAAGUAAAUGACAUUGGCUGAAAGUUGCUCUAAAGUUGUAUGCUGAAUCUCCCUAUGAUUAGCAGGAAUGAAGUAAAUCAUGCUGAAUAAGCAAAUGCUUGCAUUAUGCACCUUGGAGAAUUUAAUUUUCUUGCUUCCGAAAUAUUGUUCAGAUCCCUAGCACAGAAUCUAUAGAUUGCACUUGUAAACUGGCAAUUAAGACUGCCAGUUACCCUGAAUUUGUCAAUUUUGAGUUGUUAAGCUGUUCUGCCAAGUGACUAGUUUUGAGCUGUCUAGAAUCCCGCUUCUACCUUGGCUUUGCCCGCAACCCACCAGAAAUGGUGGUGGCUUUGCCCCUGACCUGCUGGAUUCAACCCGGCUCCCCCUUGUAACCAUUUGCUUUUCUCCAGGGCUCCAUCCACAUUCCACCACUUUCAGCUGUGGAGGCAGAAUCACAGCUGAAAGAGCUGGUGUUUUGGAUAAUCCACGAAUGGCAGAAGUCUUUUGAAAGUAAUAACUAAAAAAAAAAGUAGGAAUGGGGUGGUGGUGGUUUGACUUGGUUUGCAUUUAAAGCCAAAUCUAUCAGAUUCACACUUUCUUGUGAAACAGUACGAUAGCUGAAGCACAGCCAUUCUGUGAAAAUGACACUUGUAUGAAAUUUGUGAUACAGUCCUUUAACCAACCAGUGUUUACAAACGGCAUAUACCAGGGGAAAGUUGCAUACAAAUGCAUAUAUUAGGGAAAACAACAUACAAAAAAUGCAUUCUGUUAGGAGAAAUUGCGCACAAAUAUGUGCUUAUUAGGAGAAAUUCACUCUAGAAUGUGGAUGAAUUUUCAUGAGAAUUUAAACAGAAAAGAAAAAGGAACACAAAUUUCUGCAGAAGUGUGAAGAACUGAAUUUAAGAGGGAACUGACACUGACAGCUCCACACAUCCCUCUCAGCAGUUGUUCUGGGCUUUCAGGAAAGGGACAAGGCUGGCAGGCAGGGAUUGUCAUGAUGCAGAUAUGGGAGAGGCAGCGGUGGGUGGAGUAACUCUGGAGCCAGGAGGAGCAGGGUGGUAUUAUAAAGGUAAGCAUGGUUUGAGGACAAAUUGCUGUCGGGGUCGCUGUGCUUUAGAAAAGCAGUGAUCACCUUUUCUGUGUGUGCAAAGGAAUGCACAUGAAAGAACAAAUAUUAUUUUGCAUUUUGAGGCUCACGCCCGGAGGCCCCUCUUUCCUUGUACGCCACUGAAAGAGACUUUAUAGCUUGAAGCGCCUGGUUGGCACAGUGCAGAAGACAGGGCUGGCUGCCCCAUGUGACUCAGAGAGGCAGUUGCCUCAGGUGGCAACAGAUCCAGACUCCAAGGAGCGCAUCACUCACCUGUGUAGGCGGAGCAGCUGCUCCAUUUUCUCUUUUGUGCCAGACAGCAAAACAUCCCGGCUGGUCCUGACAGAAUAUAAUUCUUUUGUGCAAUUACCUGCGUUCCUUGUCCUUUAUUGAUGUGAAGGUAUGCAUUGUUUGUGAACAUUAAUGUUUGCAUUCAUACAUCAUAUAGGCCGUAGGCUGUACAGUGGUGCCUCGCAAGACGAAAUUAAUCCGUUCCGCGAGAGUCUUCGUCUAGCGGUUUUUUCGUCUUGCGAAGCAAGCCCAUUGACGGAUUAGCGCUAUUAGCGCUAUUAGCGGUUUAGCGGCUAUUAAAGGCUUAAAGGCUUAGGGGAUUAGCUGCUAAAAGGCUAUUAAAGGCUAUUAAAGGCUUAGCAGAUUAGAUAAAGGGGGGGGAAAGCGGGAAAAAAAUUUCAAGACUCGCAAGACAUUUUCGUCUUGCGAAGCAAGCCCAUAGGGGAAUUCGUCCUGCGAAGCAACUCCAAAACGGAAAACCCUUUCGUCUAGCGGUUUUUCCGUCUUGCGAGGCAUUUGUCUUGCGGGGCACCACUGUAUAAGAUUGUUCUUCCAAAGUUAUUUUUCAGCAUUAUGCAUGUGGUGUAGAAAUACAUUGUGCAACUUGAGCAAUCUGGCUUCGUUUUUUGAAUUUCCCAAGUGGUCAGGGAAUAGACUCCCUAGGUUUCUUUUGGGGACUUCCAGUUCCCCUCCGCCUCAGCGUGGUCAGUGUUGUGACCCAGAAAUGUCUGGAGAACACAGCCUCCUCAUCUCAGGAAAGAUCCCAAGCUGUGGUUUUCUCGGUUGACCCCAUGGGACAGGAAUGGCGGCCACAGACACCUUCUGGGAACUUGUGGGUGAGCAGGGCCACAAUCCAUAGUGGGUGCAGCAACAAACAUAAAUGUCCCAUUUGUACAGUAGGCUAGUUCUACACAGAGAAACUAUCCUCCAGCCAGGCAGGUAUGAGUUCAAAGACACUUUCCAGCCAGGGAAAAACAUGUUAGGGGCGUGACGAGGGUGCGGGGAGGUGUUGCUUGGGGUUAGUCCAGAUAUUUGGCCCUUGGCCCUGAGGGUUUGCCACCCCUGCUGUGGGACCAAAACUUCCCCAUUUGCUCUUUGCAAAGACUGGCGUCGCCCAGCAAAUCCACCUGGUCACGUGGGAGCCAAGUCCUCUUCCGUCCUGCUAAUGGUUUUGCUUCUGUUUUGACCCAGCACACAAUGGAUGUAGCCGCCCCACUGGGAUGAAGCUGGCCAGCGCACCAUGCCAACAUGCACCUCCAGCAGGCCUGCCACCGCCGAGAGGCUCGUUUCCCACAAUGAGCUUGGCAAGCAGCAGGAGGCUGCUGGCUUUCCGCAUUGCUUGCAAGCCCUGAAGUCUACCCAGUUGGGCGAGAUGGAUUCCUUCGUGGUGGUGACGGAGUGUGACCCUGCUUCCAGGCCUUCGCCGGGCGGGCGGGACGAGCAGGAGGAUGAGGAGCCCAUGGAGCCCUGCGAGGAGCAGCCGGUGGCGCAAGACCCCAGAGGGUUCGAAGAGGAGGCUUUUCCUGGGGGUGCUCUGGGGGGGCCCUUGCGAGAGACAAGGGAACCUCGAAACAAACUGAACCUUUCAAGUCGCAAACUCUCUCUCCAGGAAAGGUCGCAGUCCGUCCAGUCUCCUGGUAAUGGCGAGGGCGUUAAUGGACGCUACAUUUAUCCUUCUCUUCCUUAUUCCCCGGUCACGUCUCCGCAUUCCUCGCCUCGUCUGCCAAGGAGGCCGACGAUAGAAUCCCACCGAGUUUCUAUCACAGGAUUGCAAGUAAGAGAAGUGAUCUCUGACAGUUUCAACACUGGGUGUGUGAUUCUGUAAAUGACACCAAAGUAUUCCAGGGAGUUCUGUGGUAGCUGCAGGGUGUGUGUGAGCAGACCCUCCAAGGGCCCCUAUUUUGCAGGGACUGUCCCGGAUUUACAGAAGCCAUCCUGGUUUCUGCUUUGAUCAUGCAAUGUCCCGCUUUACCUUAGGAUGUUGCUAUUUUCACUGGAGAAAUGUUGGAGGGUGUGGAGUUAUGCAACCCCCAAACCAAGGAGAUAAGUAACUAUAUAAGCUUUAGAAGACAACCAAAGGUGGCCCUGUAUAGGGAAGUUUUUAGAUGUUUUAUUAUGUUGGAAUCUGCCCAGAGUGGCUGAGGCAACCCUGUCAGACGGGUGUGGUACAAAUAAUAAAAUUAUUAUUAUUGUGGAAUAGGACAUGCCAAUUUUCAUCGGAAAAAUGUUGGAGGGUAUGUGUGAGGUGUUAUUGGGAAUGGAUGGAAAGCUUUAGUGCAUGUUUCGUGGUAUGAUUCGGAAAUGUAGAACAUGUGAUUUCAAGAUUUAACCAAGAACUUCUUUUGCAUUGUUACGUUAGUGCAGCUUGCAGAGUUUUCACAGGCUUGUAGCACAAAACAGAUCAAUAUAAGUCCAUCAUAAACAAAUGGGAAAAGGGAGAAACAUAUUUCCUCUUUUGCUUUCAAUCUGUACCAAGAUAGCCCCUCCACAAUGACCUAGGUGUGUCGGAGGGCGACACUUCCUCCCUUGUUUAAUUAAGUCUGAACUGAUACUGCACCCAGUAAGAAUGUUCUUUUUCAGCAGCCCCCCAAAGCACUCUGUGAUGAUGGGCAAGGUGCUGUGAGGGUCCUAUAUAUCCCAUGUCAUUUGAAGCCAAACUGCUCAUGAAGGGGGAGUGGUAGAUCUCCAGUGUCUCACCACUCUCAUUCCAGAUACCGUAAAGAGCAAAUAUAUUAGGAUGCUUUUCUUUAGUGACUCUUAUGAGAGUUGAAUGGAUGGGGUGGGUUCAGGGGCGUAGCAAUGGGGGGUGCGGUAGGUGCGGCCUGCCCUAGGUGCCCCCAGCGAGGGGAGUGACAAAAUGGCGGGUGGCACUCAACGCUGGAUCUGCAGCGCGCCCGAACCAUGCGUCUCGGGCGCCUGCAGGUUCCAUUCUAUCCGCCUGCUGCCUCCCCCCCCAUCUGGUCCUUAAGGGCACACCACGCCCUGUCCCUAUGGGUGCUGCGCCCCCCACCCCUAUGGGCGGUUCGCCCGGCCCCUUGGCGUGCCGCCCCAGGUGCUGGAGAGGCUUCCUCCAUCGCGGGGUGGGAUCAUAUUAGCACAACCUUUGCCAAACUGGUGCUAUCCCGGAUGUUUAGGACUACAACUCCCAUUAUCCCCAGCCAGCCAGCAUAGCCAGUGAUCCAGGGAUUAUGGGAGUUGUGGUCUAAUAAAACUGGUCUAAAGUGAAAGGGAGGACAAAACCUUUAUGUGUUUCUGUAGAUUAGUUGAAGGUUUUUUCCAGCUUCUGAGGACUUUUCAGUGGGGGGCCUUGAUGGACUUGAGGCCCCAAAUUCUGCCCUUUCUUGCUGUGAUCCAGAGAACCGGCCCCCCCUGCCUGAGCCACCGUGCAAAUGAAUUAUCCCUGGGUUUUGUGUUCGCUGCUGUUAUUGUUGCAGAAGGGAUGUGCGAGGCUGGCGAUGGCUGUGGGUGGGGAGAAGAUAAACGAGGAAGAAAAUCAGAUGCUCUUUGCAAAGCUAUAUAUGGCGAGAACAGCGGCUGAUUAAAAGCAGAGGUGGGUGGCAGCCCCGAUGCCUCCAGCCCAGUCUUUCUCAGUUAUGUAUUAGAGAAAGAAGGUGCACUUGUGCUAAUACAGCUCAGCUCCCAGCGUGGAAUCUCUGCAUGUUUUAUGCAGCACAUGGAAAGUUUAGUUGAGCAGGCAAGGAAGAAAGGAGGAGGAGGGGUCAGGAGGGCCUGGAUCUAUACCAGCCUUUCCCAAACUGUUGCCCUCCAGGUGUUUUGCACUACAACUUCCAUCAGCUGGCUGGGGCUGUUGGGAGUUAUAGUCCAAAACAUCUGAAGCAGGACCAUUUGGGAGAGCCUGACCCAAGUCUUUCAUCUUAGUUCAAGGAAAAAAUAAUAAGUAAAGGAAGAAUUCCUGGAUGCCAAGAUCCUUGUUUGGGGUAAGCACUCUGGUGUGAGAACCUCAGCAGAGAUUAAAAAUUGCAAAAUGUGCAACAAAGUAAAGGAUGGAAAUAAAGGUUGUUUGACCUAUAAAAUAUGCCCUUGUGAAUUCCAAAACUUCCCUCUUCCCUUAUCAUGGAAAAAGACCAUGUUUGCUAAGUUAAAGAUGGUUUACUUACAAACUCUCCUAAAGUCAUAUUGAUGUGCUUUUCCAUACAGAGUUCAGAAAAAGUAGCACAGGCAAAAAAAAAAUUGGCUUACUUACAGAGUGGUGAAAGUUCUUCAGUUAUUGGUAUAGUGGCUUGUGAGAGCCAUGUGGCUAAGCUGGAGCAAGCAGCUUGCUCCAGCUUAGCCUCUUCACACACAGAGCGCAGGGAGACAAUAAGCUUGAUUACCUAGUCCCUCCUAAGCUGAGCUAAGCCUGGCAGGACAGCUUACUCACUGGUCUUAACCCCUUCAUGCAUUAAUUAGACUUAGCAUGGUGGUUCUAUGAGGCUGGUUAUCCCACAUCAUCUUUGCUUAUUCCACAUUUUGAACAGAGGUGAAUUGUGUCCAUGAAAAACAGAGGGAUGGCUGGUGGUGAUGAAGUCCUUGUAUGCAUACAUCCUCUUUGCCGGGUGCCCAAGAUCUGCCUUGAGUGAAUGGCAGGCCAUAAACUUAAAACAUAAUAAAAGCUGGUGGCUUUUCGUUUCGAAGGUCGAUGCUUAUAACGCUGGCAGGGAAGACUUUUUACAACUUGUUUAAUUCUGACUGCCUCAGCGUUCCUCCUCCGCUAUUGUGUGGCUCAGUUUCCUCAUUAUCUGUCUUUCGUCAGCCUUGGGACUUCCUUUGCGGCCAGAGAGAUUGCCACCUCUUCACCCCCUCUCUGGUAAUAAAACUCAAAUAUUAUUGCUAGGAACUGAAGGAGAUUUUCAAGUGGCAAUAAACUACAGUCAUGGCAAAUGGUGUUUUAUUACCCAAAUAGUACAGCUUAAGCCACUGAGUGUAUUUUUACCUCUUCUCUGCUUCUGUGGAUUUAAUGCAAUAACAUUUUGUGGGAUUUGCCACAGAGAGAUCUGGGAAUUGGCCAUGCAGGCUGAUGCUGAUAGGAGCUGGAGUCCUGAACCCCUGGGGGGCAGCAUGUUGGGCUACCCCACCUUACCCCAAGCCUUGGCAAGGCUCUCCACCAGCUUUCUGCUGCGGAGCCAAAGGCUGGGGAGGUCAGCUGACAAGGGACUGGCUGGUCCGGGUAGCAUCCAGGAGGAUGCUGAGAGGCGCUGCCUUUCUGUGAGAUGGCUAGAUGAGGACACAGGCAUGUGUUUAUGCAGAAUGAGAAGAGGUUGCUUGCGGGAGGUAAUCGAAGCAGAUUAAUAAGCAAUCAGCUGUACUAGAGGCUUAGCAAAUAUUUUCCUCCUCUGCAGCAAUUUCCUACAGAAUCCUAGGGUCCUAAAACAUACCAAAGUCAUUCACAUCAUAAAAACAUAACAAUACUCAAUUAAAAAAAAAAGUAAGUAGCAGCAAAAACUUCCCAUGCGUUUAAAGCACGUGUAACACUCAUUUAAAGUAGGUGGAUUUCUCCAAAGUCCUGGGAACUAUAAUUUGUUUAGGGUUCUGGGAAAUGUAGCUCUGGUAAGGUAGGGAAACUACAAUUCCAAGGAUGGGGGGGGGGAAUUAUUAUAUAUAUAAAAUAUACAGUGGAACCUCGUUUGUUGAACACAUCAGCAGUUGAACGUUUCGGCUUUCGAACAGCAACAAUCCAGAAAUGAAUGAUUCUGUUUUUGAACGUGCCUCAGAAGUCGAACAGCUUCUCCAUUUUUUCAAUGGAUUUUGCCAACCGGCAAUUGCGCCUCGGUUGUCGAACGUUUCGGAAGUCGAACGGUCUUCCUGAACGAAUUAUGUUCGACAACCGAGGUUCUAUUCUAUUGGUAGCUUCCAACAUAUAUAAAAACAUAAUAGAACAUUAAACAUUUUAAUACUUUCCUAUACAGGGCUGCCUUCAGUUGUCUUCUAAAGGCUGUAUAGUUACUUAUCUCCUUGACAUCUGAUGAGAGGGUGUUCCACCAGGUGUUUGCCCAGAGGGCCCUUUGCCUGGUUCCCUGUAACUUCACUUCUUGCAGUGAGGGAACUGCCAGAAGACCCUCGGAGCUGGACCUCAGUGUUCGGGAUGAACAACGGGGGUGGUAGACGCUCCUUCAGGUAUACCCUAAGAGUGAGAACAGUUAAGGAAUGGUUGGGUGCACAGUUCGGUCUUCAAUAGAUGAUGGAUGCUCCCAUACCUGGUGCCUGCCUGAUUUCAACAGCAAGAAAUUUCCACAUGGUAGGCACCACAACAGAGAAGGCCUUCCCUCCACCAGACCCCUGCCAGAUGAACCUCUGUUGGUUGUGGCACAGUCAGAAGGACCCAUUUUGUAGAUUGUGGUGAUAUCGACUGUGGUCCCUCAACAUAUACCGGUCCCAAAUUGUUUAGUGCUUGAUAGACACUUUAAAAUUGACUCAGGAGUUUGGCUCAGGAUGCCAGCAGACUGUUCUUAGCACAGAAUGGAAAACAGAGCAGUGGGAAUAGAGUGAGGGAAUCCUGAACAGCUUUACUUCACACUGUAACGUUUUGUCGCAGGUCCCAUUUCUAAUAACCGUCGGCUUCUCCCAUUCCCAAGAGAGAAAUGGAUCAAAAGUAAAUGCCAUCCUUUUGUAUUUUCAGCAUGUGCUUGGCUCAUUUUGUUUCCGACUUCCUCUUUUCUUUUAGGACUGUGUGCAGCUAAAUCAAUAUACGCUGAAAGAUGAAAUUGGAAAGGUGAUUAUGUUGUUUCUAUCUCCGCAGAUCUGUUGUGUGAGUAUUUGGGCUGAACCUGGACUUUGUACCAGCCCGACACAUUUGUGUGAGAAUGAAGGUUAUGAAAGGGAAGCUAAUAGCAACAUCCAGAUUCAGCCCUCUAGUUCAGAGGCCACCAGCCUUCUGGGACCAGGGAGCACAUUUCAGAUUUUGAGAGAGUGCUGUGGGUGACAGUCACAAAAUAACUCCUGGGAAGUGGGUGGCAUGACAUAACGCAAAAUACCCUUGGUCUAAUAGCUUUAGUCCUUGUGUUUUGCUUGGUGUGAUUGCCUUGCCUGCAGAAUCAUAGAACUGUAGAGGAGGGAGGGUUCCAAUGGUCAUCUAGCCCAACCCCCUGCAAUGCAGGGAGGCAAUUUGUGUGUGUUUUGAUUUGGUUGUUUUGCAUUUCCAUAGGGCUCCUACGGGGUUGUGAAGCUGGCAUACAAUGAAAAUGACAACACCUACUAUGUGAGUAACAGUCUCUGAGCGGGGGGUGGGGGUGGCAGUUGACGGCAGUGGGAGUCCUUAAGGAACACUCAUCACCUGUUGCUCUCUUGUUACUUGUUACUGCCCUUCAAAGCUCAAAGUUUUCAAUCCAGCUGGAUUAAAAAUGCAGCUUUACUUAACCUUUAAGAGGGUAGAAUAGAAUAAAGAGGUUUGGUACAUGUUUUAAAAGCAUUGUAUGUGAAUAUUUCAUAAACAUAAAUGUCUCUAAGAAAUAUUAGUCUAUUAAGUUUCCAGGUACAGUAGACAAGUUGGCCCUAGUGCUUCUGCUUAUUCAGGUUGCCAACUUACUAAAACCAUGUUUAAAAAUACAAAAUGCUUUUUAACGGUGACACACUGACCCUUUCCUGUGUCCUCUUAUUGUGUGUGUGCCUGUGUUGAUUUCUCUUGCAGGCAAUGAAAGUGCUUUCCAAGAAGAAGCUGAUGAGGCAAGCGGGAUUCCCACGUAAGUGAGGACUAAAAGAAUGUGCUGUCCAAAUGCUUGCGUUGGCCUUUCCGAAGGCUUUGGCAUAGGGGAGGGCAGCACAGUGAAUGAAUGAAGUAGGGAGAGAGAAGGGUGGAUCCGUCUCCCAAGUAUUUAUGCUAGAAGCACGGCGGUAGAUCAUCCCCUUCCCAUGCAGAUCACCCCAGAUUCCAUCUCCAGGCAGGGCUGAGACAGUUGAAAAUCUGGAGAGCUGCAGUCAGUCAGUGCAGACAGUUCGAAGCUAGAUGGGCCAAUGUAUACAGCAGCUCCCCAUAACCUCCCUUUUGUUAGCGUCUGUCUUGAGAGACAAUGGAGUGCGCCUUUGGGGGUGAAGUCAAAGCACUGAGUUAGCAGCACUGAAGUGACCUCCUGGGGGUGUCAGCCUGGGCAGUGUGCAUGGAGGUCCCGGACUGCUCAGACGACAAGACCCCACCUCUUGGCCUUGCAGAUGUGGUCCAAAGGAAAGCAGAGCAAUAUAUUUUGCACCAGCUUGGCUGCAGGAGUUGCCAGAAGGAGACAGACAAGGCACCAUCCAACCGCUUUAGACACUCACACUCUGGAUUUGCGGAGAGUUUACUCCUGAGCCAAAGAUAUCCUGCAAGGCAGCGGAGGUUUAGGAUCAGAGUAUUCCUUCUCCUAGAUGGGCUCCCUUCCCAGCUUGACAAGCCCCAUCCGCCCCGAUAAUCUCUGAAUGAGAUGAUUAGAGUCAGUGUUUUGUUUUGUUUUUUUAAGGUGCUGAAACUCUCUAGGGCUGGGUGAUAUAUCGACAUAUUGUCGAAAACCAGUUUGAAGUGCAUAUCACGAUAUUGGUUUCAUAGUUUUGCACCUGACAAUAUAUAGCUCAAAACUGGUUUCAAGUCCAUAUUGUGAUAUUUGUUUCAUAAUUUUUAACCUGGCAAUAUAUUGUGAAUCAUAUUGUGUGUUGUGCAAAAAUCACAGUAUGGGAAAAAGCGUGAAGGCAGCCAGUGCCUCUACACAGCCCCUGUCCUGAUUUCAGAUGUUGUGAUAUAUAUGUAUAUCACAAUGUUUAGCCAAUGAUAUAUCACAAUGUUGAAAACCUUACCAGAUAUCGCCCAGCCCUAGUCCUCACCACGAACUUGUUACAGUAAGUGCCACACUUUUAACAUUUGUGGGGAGGGGAAGGUGCAUGUACUGAGUACCCCUGAGUACCCCCAUAAAACCAACAACACUGAUUAUAAUGUGCUGUACAUGGUGCUGCCCUUGAAGACAGUCCAGAAGCUGCAAUAGUGCAGGAUGGGGCCACCAGAAGCAUGAUUCGGAAGGAUCUGCGAUGGUUCCCUGCUCUGCUUCCGGGCCCCAUUUUGCUCAUGGUGACUUAAAAAUCCCUAAACCAAGCAUGGCUAAUCUUUUGGCCCUCCAGAUGUUGCUGGACUGGAACCCCCAUCAGCCCCAGCAAACAUGGCCAAUGGCUAGGGAUGGUGGGAGUUGCUGUUCAGCAACAUCUGGUGGGGCGAAAGGUUCCCUACGCCUGCCCUGAAUGACUUGGGACUGAAAUAUUUCUCCUCAGGGAGGCUCUUCUCAGCAUUUCAGAAAUGGGAGGGACACAUUGUGUUGUGACAUGGGAGAGGGGCCUUUGCUGUGGUGGUGCCAUUCUUCUGGAAUGCCCUCUUUGGCACCAAUUUUUUUUGCCUUUUGGAGCCAACUGAAACCAUGGCUAUUUCAUUAUGUUUUUUGUUGGAUGUUAAUAAAAUUAGCAUACUUGCAGAAGGAUGAAGUAACUGGGUUAUAAAGACAGAUCUAGAGAUUGUGCUGACUGUUCUAUUUUGACUUCCUUAACUGUUCUUCUGGCUUACACGAAUUUGUUGGUCCUGUUCUGUGCCCUGGGUUUUUAUCUUUUGUAACCCGCCCUGGGAAUCAGUGGGCUAGAAAUCAACUAUAUAAAUACAUCCAGCCCCCAGCCUUUUAACAGCACCCCACAUGUGCCAGCCCUCCUUACCCUCCAAGCCUCCAUGCGUUUCCUUAUUGUCUUCCGCAGGCCGUCCUCCUCCUCGUGCUGCCAAGCCCCCUCUGGAAGGCUUCUGCCAACCCAAAGGACCCAUUGAGCAGGUCUACCAAGAAAUCGCCAUCUUGAAAAAACUCGACCACCCAAACGUAGUGAAGUUAGUGGAGGUGAGAAUGAUAUUGCAUCAGAAAUGUCAGUGCGGUUCCUGGGUGUACGGGAGGAGGCAGAGUCAGCCAUCAGCAGAAGGUGCCAGCCAUUUUGAUUAAUCAGACUGAAGCAGGAAUUCAGGGCAAGAAUACCUCCCCCCCCCCCUUGAAUUAUGGGACAUCAAUCCCAACGAAAGAACAGUGGCAAGAAAAACUGAUGAGUUAUGCAGACCUUGCCAAAUUGACAUACAAAUGACGUGAGAAGGACAAUUGUGACUUCAAAGAAGAUUGGGAACUUUUUACAAAUUAUUUUAAAAAACAACAAAACAACUUGGACUCCUUGGCAGGUUUUGAAUAAACAUACAUAAAUUUAUUAAUAGAAUAUAUGACAGAUAAGGUAAUGAUAUGUACAAUUUUUAACAUGCAGAGAGUAACAAGUGCAAACAAAUCAGAGAAGGGAGCUGAGGGAAGUCUCCGGAGGGAGGGAUGGGGAGGGCAGGGUAAAAAGGGGGGGGGGGAAAUAAUGUAAUUGACCAUUGGAUUGGUAACUUGUUUUGUUGAAAUUGUUUAAUAAAAAUAUAUUUUUUAAAAAAGAAUUAUGGGACAUCAAUAACCUUAAUCUGUCAGGGUAUACUGCAUUGCUGUUUUUAAAGUAAGCUAGUUACGGGAAUCUAGAUGCAUGCUCUGUCCCUCACUUGCUUUCUCUCUCUCUCUCUCUCUCCCCCCCCACAACAGGUGCUAGAUGACCCCAGUGAAGACCACCUGUACAUGGGUAACCAGCUCCUCUUCCCAUCCGUUUUGCUAUGCACCUCCGAAAGAGGCUCCUUCACUUCCAGUCUGUGCAGGACAGUGCAGAGGCAAGCAGCCUCAAUGGCACAAAAGCACUAAAACCAUACCUGAGAUAGCUGGUGAAGUCUAGAGCAGCCUUGUAUUGAACCACUCACCUGGUUGCCAUUGGCGACCAGGAAUCCCAAUGAGAGAGCUGGCAGACGAAGCAGGACGGAGCUCCCCAUUUCCACUUUGUUUCUGUGCUAGAUGGAGAGGAAGGAAAGCCCCUUUCUCCAUGGCCAGGAUCAAAAUUAAAGCUGUAUCUGACAUCGCCUCCAGAUUUCUCAUCCCAGAGGUGCAUUUUCUUUCCCCUUGGUGCAGAAAGGCAGGUGUUUUCUAAGGGUCUAAUAACCUUCCUACUUUUAUGGCCGCUCAGAUGGAAAUGGCUCAGCAGCACUGGGAACCCCAGGCAGGUGUUACAAUCCAGGGUUGGAGAAACAGAAUAUGGCGUAUAGCCCAGUCCAAUAAAAUAACCAGCACUGCAGGCCAAGUUGAGGAAAGAUAAGUCAUGGCUGCUUUAUCUCAAAUCAGUCACCUUCUGUCUUCAGGAUGUUUGGAAUGACUGAAGAUUGUGCAAGGACCUAGGUGUCAUUUGGCCAGAAGUUGUGAUAUGUGAUUCUUGUGGUGUGCAUGUUAGGUGUUCACAACAGUAUCCCAUGUGGUGGACAAUGCUAGCUUUUUAACUUUUCCCACAGUUGAUUGGACAAAUACAGUAAAUGUCAUAUCUUAAAAAAACAAAAAUACAGAGAGAUAGCAGAGGAGGGGUAGAUCGCUCUGUUCCUCUUGGUAGAAGACAAAUAAAAUAAAAGCCUGCUUAGAACCACAAUCCUAUGCUUUAAUGCAAGACACAGAAACCAGUGGCCAACCUCACAGGAGGAUAGUAAAUUGUUUUGCACACUAAUAAUGCAUUGCAGGGGGUUGCGCUGUUUGGGUUCCUUCCAACUUGACAAUUCUAUUAUUCCAGUUUUUGUCGGCUCCAUUUUCAAAGCUAAAUUAAAGAUUCUCAAAUGGACUAACAACAGCCCUAUACAUGUGUCUGUGUAUGUGCACCUAUGCGGUAAACAUGUGCAGUCUUGGGGGGAGGGUGGGGAGUAAAAUACACACUUGUUUGCUGCAACCCUCCAUUUUCUGCCCGCUCCUCUUUUUCUAAGCACUGAGUGGGACUUGAUGUUAAGAAUUGCCCAUCCGUGCCUGUAGUACUCAAAGAUGUUCGAUGCGCUGCCUACACAAGUGGCUACUUCCAGAUGGAAGAGGGUCUAAAAUAGAUCUUGGAUAGCAGUUCAGUAUUUUCUCCCUCUGUGCUCCAUCUGGUGUUUGUUUCAAGUUUUAAAAAAAAGGCUUUAUAAAAAUUAAUUUUUUAAAAAGCAUAACUGGCUCUUUGGACCAUCCUUCCAGGGCAGCCUUCACCAACUUGGUGCCCUCCAGAUGUUUUUGACUACAAAUGUUCGACUUGGUCACCAGUUUAAGUGAAUUCCUCAUCUUUAUAAUUUUCAACUUGUACAGAAACAAAAAAUGUGUAUAUUACUUACAUCCAGUUAUUCCUUCAAGAAACUCGGGGCAACCGAAGAUUGAUUAGUAUAAAGGAUGGGGACUCUGUGUCCCCCUAAAUGAUGCGGGACUACAACUCCCAUCAGCCUCUGCUGUGUGGGCAAUGGUCAGGGAUUAUGGGAGUUGCACUCCAGCAUCAUCUGGAGCGCCACAUUUUCCCUACCCAUGGUUUAUAUAUAAUGCCACGUCCUAACCCUUGUAUAUACACUGCUUCAUUAGUUACUGUCUGGUUUAUGGUAAACCAUAGUUUACCGUUGCAUCUGAGCUAGCAAACCAUUGUUUGCACUUGCUCUGCAGAACAGAAUCAAACCCUGAUUUGCAAGCAGGGUUUGCAGGACAAUUGCAAACUACAGUUUAACAGGCCUGUGGUCCUGGUUUGCAAAGGACACACAAUCAUUUCAAUGUAAUGGUAAACUUUGGCUUUGCUACCUGCCAGGAGGUAUUGCGUUAAGUGAGUUUGUGAGAGGAGAGGAGGAUGCAUGCAAAGGGCUACUGCUGAUAGCGCCAAACCCUGAUUUGGUACUAGGUGUGACCUGAGCCUUAUUUAGCCUCCUCUCCAGACACUGAUCAGCCAUGACCUCAUAAGCUCUCAGAAUGUAAGUCUUUCUUUUUUAUGCUGUAUUUAAAAUUUGAGAUUUUGCUGCCUGGAGUGUUAAUGAUUUAAAAGGCAGGAUUGUUCUCUCCUGUUAGUAUUCUCUCCUCAUAACUAAUAACCGGUCUCUUUUGUGUUUCAGUGUUUGAACUUGUGAAGAAAGGGUAAGAUUAUGAUUGUUUAUUAAUUUAUACAGUUCAUUGAGAUAUAGGAUGUAUUGCAGAGCAAGCAAGAAGCGCUGCGGGGGCAGUUUGCUGCUCCAAGGACUUUGCAGUCUUGCAGUCUAUCCUCUGGCUUUAGGACGACCCACAGAAGGCCCACCCCCCCUUAUCCUCUCCUUUUCAACUUUCCUUGCCUCCUAUCUGCAAGAGCUUCUCCCCCCUCCUCCCUUAUUUCCUUCUCCUUCCCCAAAUCACUCUGCCUCUAACGCCUUUCUCUCAUCCUAGAACUCUGUAGCUGGGGUACACUCUGCAGAAUUAAGAUGGAUUUAAAUUAUGUAUUUAAGGCAUGUACCGGUAUAUACAGUAUACCUCUUUUCAGGCACACCUCAUAUGAUUCUUACAACAGUAAUCAUGCAUAAAGAAGUAAUUGCAUUAAAUUAUGUGCCGAAGUAACCAGAAUCCUGUGUUGAGAAAACAAAGUCCUGGCCUGCAGCUCCCAUUGCCCAUGCAGCCUUGAGAUAAUGGGGAGGUAGAGUUCCACAACAUUUGGAGGCACAACAUUGGUUAUGUAGUACAGUGUUUUUUUCUGUUUUUAAAAAAAUGUUUAGGGGUACUCUCAUUUUAACUCAAGAAAAUCAGCAUUUUAUAGUUCAAAUCAGGAAAAAUAAAGACAGUAAAUGGACAAAAGUACAAAGAUCCACAAAAUGUUUAGGGGUAUAUGGACCCCUGCAUCCCCCCCAGGAAAAAAACACUGGUUAUGUAAAUUGGUUGGGUUCAUACAUGUAAAUUUGUCUGUUCCUCCAAAACAGGCAUAGGCAAACUCGGCCCUCCAGAUGUUUUGGGACUACAACUCCCAUGAUCCCUAGCUAACAGGACCUGUGGUCAGGGAUGAUGGGAAUUGUAGUCCCAAAACAUCUGGAGGGCCGAGUUUGCCUAUGCCUGCUCCAAAAGUUAUGCUCGGAAGCCCCACCCCCAGCUCUGGAGGCUCUGCAGAUUUAAGAGCUCUGGGAAGGGAUCUUGAACUCGGGACUUACCAGCGUAGUAUCUUGCCAGAGGGGGAGACUGCCAGUGUGCCAUCUCUGGUCAGAGGCCGGUAUUGCAGCUGCCAAGUCUGCAGAAGCCUAGUGACCCAGUGGAUUAAUAAGGCAGAGACUUUGAGGGGUUCCCAUGCGGUGCUUCCAGGGGACCCCGCCUGCUGCCCGAAGGCCCUUGCUCUGCGGAGGGUCUGCCUCAUCCUCCACAGACUCUCUAUCUGGUUGCAGGUCGGGGCCCCCAGACCUGCCAAAAGUCUUGCGUUUGAGGCCAAAUUGUGUUUCCCCUUCGCAGGCCUGUGAUGGAAGUCCCCAACCUGAAACCUCUGACCGAAGACCAGGCACGCUUCUAUUUCCAAGACCUGAUCAAAGGCAUUGAAUAUUGUGAGUUCCCUUGGCGAUGUUUUAGCAAAAUGGCACAGAAGGGAAGGGCACAGAACAUUUAAUAAAUAGUAAUACUGGGGGCGGGGGGGGCACCCAUGUUAUGGUCUUUGUUUGUUAUUAUGGUAUGCCUUUUGUGUUUUUAUAUUGUAAACUGCCCUGUGAUUUUCAGGUGAAGGGUGGUGUAGAAAUUUAAUAAAUAAUAAAUAAUGAUACUAUUAAUUUGUGGCUGCAAUCAAUAGAGCUAAAGCCCAGAUAAUUUAUGUUCAGCUUGAGGGGUUGUGCCCUGUGACAGGAGGAACAAUGAAAUGACAGUGUGCUUCUGACCAUGUGCAGAGUUGCACCCUUUCAGUGCUGCGUAACUAUCUCAGACUUAGUCACUGUGUUACAGUAGCUCUUUUUCCCCAGGCUAGGGAUAUAGUCAUUUAAGCCCCGAAAUAUCCAUCAUUUAUUUUAAUUAUUUAGAGCAUUUUUACCUCACUCUUCAGCCAAAUAGGCUCCCAGUUUAAAUGAUACAGAUCCUGUCUGAAAGCUUACAAUCUAAAAUACAUGACACAAAAGGAAAGAGGGAUGAGGAGGAAAGAGGGAUGGAGCAAAUUAACCCCUGAAAACUGAAGAAAGGGAGCAGGUUCUUUGCGUCCCCUGAGCCUUCAUGCUCUGCCAAAUUCAUGUCUCAUCUGGUCUUUCUCAACAGUGCACUACCAAAAGAUAAUCCACCGGGAUAUUAAGCCUUCCAAUCUUUUAGUUGGGGAAGAUGGUCACAUCAAAAUAGCCGAUUUUGGCGUGAGCAACGAAUUCAAAGGGACAGACGCCCUGUUAACCAACACCGUGGGGACCCCAGCGUUCAUGGCACCCGAGACCCUCUCAGAAACCAGAAAAAUAUUUUCUGGAAAGGUAUGUUGAGAGAAGAGUGUGCAUUUGUAUGCUCAUUUAGACAACCUUGUUCUGUACUCUCUGAAAGGAACCAACCAAAAAUUAGGUUGCCUGAAAUGACUCAAAGUCCAAUGUACUUUAUAUCCAUCACAGCAAAGAUGGCCUAGUGGUUAGAGCAAGGGUGGGGAAGCCAUGACCUUCCAGAUGAUGUUGGAUUUCAACUCCCGUCAGCCCCAUCUCAGCAACCUCUGGAAGGCAACAGGUUCCCAACUCCUGGGUUAGAGUGUCAAACUAGGACAGGGGGAACCCACGUUGAAACCUCCAUCCGGUCAUGAUCUUGUCCAUUCACCUCUCUUGCAAGAUUGCCGUAUGAAUAAAAUUGGAGGGGGGGGGGUGAGUGGAAAAAUCAAGUGUUGUACUCCUGGAGGAAUCAUAGACUCGGCAUUGGUAUAGGAGGUCCUCUAACAAAUAGAUUAAAAUACCCACCCCACUAUGGAUAUUCUGGUUCCAACACUACUAAUUUGGAGAGUCUGGAGGGUCAGAUAGCGAUGCUCAGAGAAUCACAUUUCUGCUGCCCCCCUUCCAGGCCUGAGGUUCCCAACCUCUGCAGCAGUUCAUCUUAAAAGCUUACCAUGUUAUUUUAAAAUAGAAAAGCAAUACAAACAUAGUUUUUGGAGGGCUCAUGUGUUUAAUCUCUGCCUUUCUCUCUCUCCCUGUCCCUUCUUCCUAAGGCUUUAGAUGUUUGGGCUAUGGGGAUCACUCUCUACUGCUUCGUCUUUGGGCAGGUAAAUGAGCUGCUUCUUUACCUGCAUUUUGGAUUUUAAACAUUUUGUUGUUGUUGUUGCUUGUUUGAAGUAGUAGUGUUUGGUUGCAGGACGCAUGCCCAGCCCCCCUUUCAGGGGGUCAUAAAGCUGAGUAAGAUCUGGAUGUUAUUAGGGCAGCAUAAUUAAUAAGCCCACACAUGUUACUAGUCUGCAGAAAGUUUGACCAACCUGCUGAGAAGCUACUGGUCUGCAUACGCAAGGUGACUGUGGUGGAGGGAAGGCUUCACUUCUGCAGCAAGCAGGGAAACGCAGAAUUCAUAGCGGAGUACAGUAACUUUAAAAGGGGGGUGUGUGUUUUGUAGCAGGUGGGUUGGAGGAGAAGAGUCAAAGCUGAGGGAUAGGCUUUCCGUUCUCUGUGGCCAGCAGAAAAAGCAAGCAGAUUUGUGGAAGAGAAAUGAGCAAUCGGUCCUUCUCCAUCAGCCCACUUACUCGCCUCCAUGGAAUUCCCACUCGCCUAUGGCUACCAGACAAGUUGUUAAAUACACAACUGUUUUAGGGACCAAACCUAGAUGCAAAUCUGUGAUCUCCAGUGCGGUUUGUUACCUGCAUGAUUCUCUCUGCAAGACAAAAAGGCAGGGUUUGAAGGGGGUUUUUUUGUGGGGGUGUUAAUUUGGGGAAAUGGUAAAGAGAACAGCUGCACGCAUGUGCAUGGACGCUCAUACACACACUCUGCCACUUGCCUGAUCAAAUCCUCCGUCAGGUACAUGAGAGUGAAGGAAAGUUGGGAGAAAGUGGUAUAAUAGCAUUAUAAUGCAGAUGGAACCUUAACCUCAGAGCAGGGCAACCUCACUGACGGGCAAAAGUGUUAGUAUAGGGUAUUAUCUCUUACAGGAACUCAGGCACAUCAACAAGGCCAUGCUGGGCUGUUGGGCUUCCCCAGCGGAUGCCAAGAUGACACUCAAACAUUCGCUAGUGGUCACUAGUUCAUAAAGAGACAUCAAAAUGGUGUUCCUCUCGCUCUCUUGGAGAUUUUGAUUCUCUGUAAAGUGGCUAAAUAUAAACUGGGCAGUCAUCUGGGUUUUGUCACACUCUUAAUCAGAAGCUGCAAAUCCCUAUGGUGUGUGUUCUAUCUGUUGGCUGGCCUAAAUUUAAUAAUACAUAAUAAAACAGAAUUCCAGAAUAAAACAGGUACACAAGAGUGAAGGAAAGGUAGGGAGAAAGGCAAAAGUUUGAUGAAAGCUUUAUACUACCAGUGUACCUGUCAUGACUGCUCCCCAAAGAAUUCUGGGAACUGUAGGCAGGACAUCUGACAUCCCUAGUCCUGCCCCCAUGCUCACAUUUCCAUGCUAAAUUGAUUUUAUGUCUGUAAUGAGAGAUGCUCAUUAGGGGGAGAGGGGGAGGAGAAUGAGAAUAUUUUUUGUUGUGAACUGCCCUGAAAUCUACAGAUAAAGGGCAGUAUACAAAUCAAAUAAAAUAAAUUGAUCACAUUCUUAGGAGGCAGGGAUACCAAGUUAGCCAUUGCUUUAUAAUCUCUCAUUGUGUUUUUUUGUUCUUCCAAGUGCCCUUUUAUGGAUGAGAGGAUUUUGAGUUUGCACAGCAAAAUCAAGAGCCAGAUGCUGGAAUUUCCUGACCAGUGAGUAUGCAGAAUCACUAUGUUUAUGACUACCCUGGCCAGGGGUCCACAAACACGCUCACCGGUGAGGGCGUUCUGGAUUCUAGCAAGCUCUCCUCACCUCUCCUUCUGGACCUGCAGAAGGGCAGGAGUCUCCUGGAAGCCACCUGGAACCUUGGAAGUGCUUUGCUGCUUGCCAAGCCAUUCCAAGACUUGGUGCGAUAGGAACGAGUCUCUGUGUGCCCGCCUCCCCCAGCACAUAUAUAGGGUGAAAGACAACAACUUGCCCCCUCAAUACCUCACAGUUCCUUCAUUGGGCGGCGGAUGGGGGGUGGGUGGAACAUAUUCAACAGCAGUAAAUUUGGGGGCUGGUUUCCAGGACUGGCACCUCCAGCCGUGGAGGCUGAGCAUGGCUGAUAGGCUUUAAUCGCUUUCUCCUCCAUGAAUUUGCCAUCCAAGUUAGCGGGUGGUGCUGUCACCAGUGCAAGCAAGUUCCGGGUGCUGGAGAAGGCUUGCUGAAGAGUUGUGACUGAGUUGGAGCUUUAUUUUAUUUUACUGACUGAGUGAUUGAAUUUAUAUACCGCCCUAUACCCAGAGGUAUACUGAUAAAGCAGGAGGAGAAGGGCGAAGUCCUGGGAGAAAAAGUUGGGAGCAGGGAUUGGGAUGGUGCCUGGGAACCUCACAACUGAGGUGCCGCUUCCCUGGUUGUGUGUGGCUCCCUUGUUGUGGUGGCCGAUUGAGGCAAAUAGGCCACAAGGACAUUUUUGGGAAGUGCUAGGAACACAGCCCCUGUUUUUAUGAGGUUCUCGUUUGUAUUUAGGUGGGCGUAGUUCAGUGGUUGAGCAUCAGCUUUGCAUGCAGAAACUCCUAAAUUCAAUCUCUGGCAUCUCCAGGUAAUUCUAGGAAUGUCCCUUGUAGACAAUACUGAACUAGAUGGGACCAAUGGUCUGACUCCUAUACAGCAGGAAUGACCCGCUUAUUUUCAAACCUGCCUUUCCAUCCUUAAGGGCUAGAGACUUAUUGUGCAUUUGUUUGUUUCAAAAAGAAAUGGUGAGUGCAGGCCCUAACUCCUCCACAUGUCUUGAUAUUUCCUCCGAACCCAGGCCAGACAUUUCUGAUGAACUGAAAGAUCUGAUCAUGCAGAUGCUGGACAAGAAUCCCGAAUCCAGGAUCACAGUCCCAGAAAUAAAGGUAUCUCACAGUCAAUUCAGAACAUCCGAAGAAGUGUGAUGCCCGUAACCUUAUAUGUCUCAGGUCCUUUUCUUUAGCCUCUCUUCUUUGUUGUUGCUGUUCUGACAUGCUUAUCUGUGCUACCAUUCCUGGUUGAGGAUAAUAAUCAAUUUUACAAUGUCUACCCUUCCUUAUAGUCCAAAGGUCUCUUAAGGCAGCUUACAAAUGGACUUUAAAAUUCCCAUCAUACCUGGAGAGUUCACCUUUUUAAAGGGGGCGCAUUUUCCCACCAGAGCUUGUUGACAGGCUUAAGGUCAAGAUGUGGGAGUUUUGCAGGAAGGGAAGACAAUUAAUUUGCAUUGGAAUUCCCCUGCAGGGCAGUGGGGCCUUGAUCCUGAUUCUUUUCCCCACCCCACUUCCCCAAGCUGCUCCAAGUCAGAUAAUCAACAUGGGCAAAAUGGGUUAGAUCCUUCAAGCUGCAAUCUAAAUCUAACCCACUCCCCCCUGCAAGAAAAUAAAAGAAAACCUUGACUACUUUUUGUAAAAUAAAAAUAUAUACGAGUUUUAGUUGCAGAACUUCCAGGUCACGUACAUCCACACCAUAUGUUUAUGGAUUUCCCCAAAGAAACCUGGGAACUGUAGUUUGUUAUGGGGACUGUGGAUUGUGGCUCUGUGUUGGGCAAACUACAGUUCCCAGGAUUCUUUGGGUGGAAACUGUAUGCAUUGAAUGUUCAUUAAAUGUAUGAUGUGGAUGUGGCUGCUUCAUCCAAGCUCUUUCCCUGUCAGAGAUUAGGAGGGUGACCAUUGUUGACAGGGGCUUUUUUCAGGUGGCCCCUAAGUGAUGGAUUCCCACCCCACAAGGAGGCCUCCCUGGUUUCUUACUUUCAUUCUCCACUAGGAAAAAGGUUAAGACUGUUUCGUUUAUGGACUGUUCCGUUCAGAUGAAGGCUUGUUGCUCAGUUGGUAGAGCAGCUGCUUUGCUUGCAGAAGGUUCCAGGUAGGACUGGAAGAGAUUCCCUACCUGAAAACCCUGGGAAGCCACAGCCAGUGUCUAAUGAGCCAGGUGGUCUGACACAUUACAAGGCCCCUUCCCAUGCUCCUGUGAAUCUGAGGUUAAUUCACCCUUGAUUCAGCUGCCCUUUCGAUGCUGAACUGUUCGUGUUACUGGCUGCUUUUUCACAUUCAUUUAUCUUGCUAUUUUUCUUCUGUUAUUUCUAUACUGUGUUUUGUUAUUAAACUCUGCAUCCAUAUUUAGUUAGUGGGUAGUUACUUUGAAUGCUUUUAAGCCACCUAAGGUGUGGUGGAAGGGUGGAAUCUGAAAUACACAAAUAAAACAGUUAAAAUGUAGCUAAUCCUCAGCAGCAACAGAGAUACCCAUCUCUGGUUUUCCUCAGCUUCUUAAAAAUCAUGAACCUUUGGGGAGUAAGUUUCACAACAAAGAGGCAAAUACCAAAAAAGCCCUGUUCCGCCCAGCUCAUUCUGAGGAGGACCUCUUCUAUCUUUCACUAUGUAUUUUUAUUCUUCCAUUUUUUCGAAAGAAUACAGAAAUUGAUAGUUUAUUUUUUUAAACAAAAAACCUUUCAAAAAUAAAACGUGUUUCUAAAAUACAAGACAUUUAGUUUUCACCUUAGUAUGUCAAAUAAUUUUGCUAAAUGAAUCGGGGACAAUGGGAAGAAGGAAUUGUUAGAAAUGUCAUAACAGGCUCAGGCACACGGUUAUAUGCCUCCUCCAUUAAAUUGCAUGUCAAAUACUUAAUAUUUGUUGGAAUUUCCCCCCCGGGAAUAGAAUAUUGGAGUAGGUGAUAGAAGAAGUAGCCAAUUUACUUGGGGAAAAGUCAGAAUAUGUAUGAUUAGAGCAGGGAUGGCAAACUUGUGGCCUUCCAAACUCUCAUCAGCCCCAGACAGCAUAGCCAUUGAUCAGGGAUUAUGGGAGUAGCGAUCCAACAUUAUCUGCCGGACCACAGGUUUCUGACCCCUGGAUCUGAGGCUAUCUUCAAUUGCAGUGUGUGUGAUACUCUGUUUAUAGUUGUGUGUACCUAUUCAGAGUUGCUUUCAGAGUAUUAAGCUUGUGAUUUCAAAAUCUCUCUCUCUUUUUUAAAACAGCUUUUUCAUAAUACAGUAAAAGAAAAGAAACUAAUCUAAAUAAAAACAAAAACAGAGAAAGAAACAGAAAAGAAAACACCGACUCCUCUCUUAAAAGUAGCUCCCUAAUCCUUGUCUCACACAGAAAGUAAUGGACCCUCCCAGCUCUCACAAUGGGAGAAUUAUCCCCUCCCUAUCAAGUUUUAAAAUUACAACUCGGCUGGUAUUUCUCAUCUCACUUUUUCCUUUGGGUUGUUCUUGUUCCAGUAAACAAUAUAAAGUCGCUGCAUCUAAGAGAGGAAAUCUUGACGUGUAUUUUCUCUCUCCUGGUCAUCUACAGUCAGUUAAUUUAUUCAUUCUCAUUAUCUGCCAGGCUUCCCAUAAUCAUCCAUCUUUGUUGGGACAUGAGUUGCAUUUCCCGUACUUUGCCUUUAGGACUCUGGCAGUGAGCAAUAAAUUUCCAGCUAGGUCUUCAUGUCUCCUAUUCACAUUAAUUUUUAAAUAUCCCAAAAGAUAACAAGUUUAGCUUUAGUGGUUUUAUGGUAUCCAAUUAUUUCUCUAAUGCUUUUUGGAAUAAGCUGCCAGUACUUUUAUGAUCUUAUACAGCUCUCUGUCAAGGAUUUCCAAGCACCUGGAGGAAGUUGUGGAAGGAGGCAAUUCUUGAGCUAUCUCAGGGCCUCGCCAUACGUCCUUUUUAUUGUGCAUUCAUGAUGAUUUGUGCUCAUGAUGCUCUCAGGCAUAAUUGUGCACCUGCAUAUGUUUUGGGGCAGCUAUACUGAUUGGUUUCCACUUGGUGCUUGUCCUGUAAUUCCUGCGGAAAUCCUGUAACUUGUCAUACCACAAAUGGUAUGUUCUGUCCCACUUUUGUUGUGCUGUGGUGCAAGAGCUGCCCCUCCAGAUUGCAGUAAUGUGGAACCACUGGGGAAGCAUUGCAGAACAACUAAGAAAGCAGAAGGAUGUGUGGAUGGACCUAUAUAAAUCCAACACUAAUUCACUCUUACUGUGUGAGUGGCAUGUUGCAGAACCUGCAAAAACGACAGGGACUGCUUGCGUGCUUGGGUCAGAACCAACACUUUGCCUUGUGCCUGGAAUCUUGCCAGCUUUAACUCUGGAAACCAAUGCUAUAAGAAUAUGGGCCUGAUCCUGUGUGGCUCUUAUGAUCUAGUUCAGUAUCCUGUUUCCCACACUGGCCAAGCAGAUGCCCCUGGGAAGACCACAAACGAGACCUGAGGAUAGUAGCCCCCUCCUCCCCACUGUGUUCUUGAGUUGCUGAUACUCAAAGACAGGCUGUCUCUGAGCCUGCAAGCUGGAAAAAACCCACUGUGGGUGGUAACGAUGGCUAGCUGAAACCUCCAUGAAUUCGUCUAGCCCAGUUGAGAUCCACUUACAGGGUCACAACCCGAUCUAAGGUGGGUUGCAAAAGCAGCAUUACCACCAUACAAAUAUAUGGUUGAAAAUAAUGAAGGCAGGGGUCACAAAAUGCAUGUUUGGGUUAAAGGUGGGUUCUGGGCCUGAAAAGGUUGAAUUCAUGGCUGUCACCACAUCUUGUGGUAGCAAAUGUCAUAGUUUUUAAUGCUUUGUGUGGUGUCUGUCUGUCUGUCUGUCUGUCCAUCCAUCCAUCUUCUUGCAUUUAUUUAAUGUUCCUUUCUUCUGUCAUGGUACCCACGGUGGUGUUCAUCUGGUACUCAUCCAGGUCUGAUUAGCCCCAGACCUGUUUGCCUUCAGCCUGAUGGUGGCCUUGUGAGCCUUGUUAUGAGUGUGUGAAGAAGUUCUUACUUUUGACAGUCCUGAAUUUCCUGUCCUUCGCCUUCCUUGGCUCACCCCUGACUCUGCCAUUCUUGGGCCGAAUUCUGUUAUGCUUACUGUCUUUACCCCCUCUCAACCAGAAAGCCCCGUUCUAACCAGCCCCUGGAUGGUUUUGGGUUUCCCUUUUCUACACCUUCUCCUUUUGACACCCCAAAUGUACACUGUGUUCCAAGUGUGUCCACACCACUGACUGGUAUGAGGGCAUUAUAUGUGUUCCCCAGAGCCUGUUCCAGCUGACAACCCUGCCGCUAUGCUAUGGACCAGUUCCAGUUGCCAAAUGCGCUUCAGAGGCCCUGACAGCCUAUUACAAGAAAUUCAAUCUAGAAGCUACCAUGGUGUGUAUCAAACUGCAGUCUUAGCUGUGAAUUGACUUGUGGUAGCUGGAUUUCCAAGGGAUUCCCCACCCCCCAUGACAAGUGCAAAGGAUGCUUCCUCCAUUUUGUAAACCAGCUUCAUAAUCUUAUUUUAAAAUAAAGUUUCAUAGUGCUGACUCCUUUGUCCUUCCAGGUCCAGGGGAAGUGUGUUUCUCUUAAGUUGUUCCCUCUUCCCCCCCAAAUGAAACAAUUAUCGGCUUUUGCCCAACUUUUUAUAUUAUUACAAGAAGAGUCUCUGGGUCACCAAAUCGUAGGGCAUCCCCGCUCUCCAGCUGUGAAAUCAAGGCAAUGUGUGGUGUUUCUCCCCCUUCUCUCAAACAAGGUGCACCCCUGGGUCACCAAGAAUGGGGUGGAACCAUUGCCGACAGAGGACGAGAACUGCACGCUCAUAGAAGUGACCGAAGAAGAGGUUGAGAAUUCGGUCAAGCACAUCCCAAGCUUGGCCACUGUGGUGAGUGAGACCCAAGUGCUGCUUGUGUGUUGGAUAUGCUAGAUUCAAAAGGGCACGUCUAACCAACCUGUUUUUAAAAUCUGCUCCAAGUGCCAGCGAGCCUUAUUGGCUGAAUUUGCAGGUCACAGUGCACCAGGUGUGGAGAACUUUUGGCCCUCCUGACUUGCCAAACUACAACUUCCACCAGCCCAAGCAAGCAUGGCCAGGGGCUGGGGAUGAUGGGAGUUGAAGUUCAGCAAAAUGGGGAGGGCCACAAGAUUCUUCAUACCCUGCCGUAAGUUAUAACCCAAGGAUGGCUAACCUUUUGAGGGCUGAGAGUCACAUUGACCCUUCUUUCUCACGCUUCCCAAAGCAGAAGCUUUUCCCCCCCUUUAUUCUCCCCGCCCCCGUUCCCAAAUAUGCUGUCGCUGUGGGAAGGGGGUGAGCACAGCUGCAGGGAGUGAGGAACAGAGAGAAUUUCUUUGGGGACUUUCCUCCCUUUGUUUUCCUCCCAGCUUGUGCAGACUCCCUCCCCAAUGCUGAUCCUUUCAACCUCUGACUAGGUUGCACUAGGUGGGAGAAGCAAUUUGCACUGAAUGGAAGCCCCAUCCUCCUCCUUGAGCAAGGAAGUUGGGGGCGCACCUUGUUCCAGCAAACGAGAAAUAGGGAGCCCCCUUUAAGAUCCCAAUGGUUUUUUAACACCUGGUUUUUACCAAGCCCCCACCUGACUUCAUGUGGGGUAUCUGGCAUAGGUCGAGUGGGGGUGGCUUCCCCAAAAGGCCUGGUGGGUCAGGUUUGGCCUGUAGGCCAAAGGGUCUCCUCGACUGAUGCAGAAUGAGGAGGAAUACUGGACAGUAUCACUUCAGAUUGUGGGGAGGGGGGGUCCAUGUUUCUGAGUCCUCCUCCUCCUGCAUGUAGCUUGCUAGUACAGUGGUAACUCUUAUUGCGAACGGGAUCCGUUCCAGAGGCCUGUUCGCAACAUGAAAAGCCCGCAAACUAAAGCACCGUAUCUGCGCAGGUGCGCAGCGUGAUUGGCGCUUGUGCGCAUGUGCGAAGUGCGAUUUAGCGCUACUGCGCAUGCACGGGCAGCGAAACCCGGAAGUAACCCUUUCCGGUCCUUCCGGUUGGCCAUGGGAUGCAACCUGAAACAACAUAACAUGAAGCAAACGUAACAUAAGGUAUGACUGUACAACACUGGAAUAGCUAUGUGUAGCAUUUGCCUGGAAUGAGCUAGUUUUAAAAAGCCUCUCUCCUUGCAUUAAGCUAACACAUCAGAAAGAAAUUCAAUGUAGUCCUUUCCCUGAGGUGCUAGCUUACUGGAUGCAGUCAACCCCUGGCCCCCUCAGAUGUCUUGGGAUUGUAGUUCAAACAGUCUGGAGGGUGCCACGUUGAUGAAGGCGGCACCAUAUAAAUACAGAAAUACUGGUAAUAGUAAAACGAUCACAAUCUUCUCUUUCAGAUCCUGGUAAAAUCAAUGAUCAGGAAGAGAUCUUUUGGGAACCCAUUUGAAGGAAGUAGAAGAGAAGAGCGAUCCCUUUCUGCACCAGGGAAUCUGUUGACGUAAGUCUCUGACGCAGGAGCCUUGAGCUGUGGAGAAGGGCAAGAGUUUUCCAAAUGUGCUGUGGAGAAUUUUCAUGGGGAAUUUCCCUGGAAUUUAGGGGUGCUCAACAAUGCCUAACAUACAGGCCCAGCCCUGCCAUUAAACAAACUUGAGGUAUCUGUCUGAGCAGAAGACAGCAGGUUCAUAUUUAUUUAAUGGAGUAUUAAUUGUGUUUUACUGUAGGGAGUGUGGAAGAAUAACCUUGCUUCCCUUGGAAACUUUGCACUUUGACUUUUGGAUGAUGCCUUUUUGCUGCUCCACCUCAGGCGGCAAACUAUUUUGAGCCAGCCUUGUCAAUAAAAGGUGGCGUUGGCUGUCUUCCCCUUCAGUGUGUAACUUCAGUAAAACAUGGGAGGUUAUGAUCUGAGGUGCUCACCUCAUGUAGAAACAUGGCUGAGUCUCAUGACAUGCCUGUCCAGGAGCCUGUGUGAACUACAGCUGUUCACCAGAACAUAAUUUUUAUAAAUAUAUAUAUUUUUGUAUAUGCCACCCAUUGUUGAAAAAUGUUCCUGAAUUGAAAAGCUUUUACUUGGUGUCUGAAAGCAUGGGCAGGGGGCUAUCCAAAUUUUUUGAGGCAAGGUUUUCCAUAAGUGUGGUGCCCCUGCAGAGAAGGCCCUGUCCUCAUGUCCACCAGCUACAUCUCAGAUUCAGGUAAAGACACAUAACAGGAGCACCUGUGAAGGAAAAGGCAAGAGGGCAAGUGCUUAUUGAGCUUGAAAUGGACCACUGGAAGACUUUGGUGUUUAACACACUGGUGGCUUGAACCCACCACUGGAAGGUGGGUCUCUCCGGCAGCACCACCAGCUUUGGGAAAGGCAGGGGUAGGAUUGUUGUUGUUCUUUUAAGAGGUGGAGAAAAGCAAUGCAAAAGAAGAUGGGCUUGCUUUAUUUUUAAGAACUUCUGUAGAAAAGGGAAUUGUGGGGGGUGGCUGCUGGUCACAGAGUGAUGGUGGAGGCAGCACUUUCCAAAAAGUGCAGGGGCUGAGCUGUCUACUUUUGUUGCUUUCUAUUCACAGACGCGGGUGGCGCUGUGGUCUAAACCACAGAGCCUAGGGCUUGCCGAUCACAAGGUCGGCAGUUCGAAUCCCCGCGAUGGGGUGAGCUCCCGUUGCUUGGUCCCAGCUCCUGCCAACCUAGCAGUUCGAAAGCACGUCAAAGUGCAAGUAGAUAAAUAGGUAGUGCUAUGGCGGGAAGGUAAAUGGCGUUUCUGUGCGCUGCUCUGGUUUCAGUGUUCCGUUGCGCCAGAAGCGGCCUAGUCAUGCUGGCCACAUGACCUGGAAAAACUGUCUGUGGAGCAGACAAACGCCGGGUCCCUCGGCCUGUAAAGCGAGGUGAGCGCCACAACCCCAGAGUCGUUCGCAACUGGACUUAACUGUCAGGGGUCCCUUACCUUUACCUUUAUUCACUCUGAAGCAGAAGUGGCCAACCUACAGCCCACAGGCCAUAUACACCUCCCCCGAGUGUUUUCCCCUCCCCAUAAGUCCUCCCCCAAAUUUGACUUUAUUUAUUUGUUUGUUUGCUUAGGAUUUUUAAAAAUAAUAAUUUAUUUUUAAAAUAUUUUAUUUAUUUAUUUAAUGUGUUGCUACUAUGAUGUCAAAAGAUUGUUGUGCCUCACAAGCACCUCCCCCCAAUUUCCCUUCCCUCUUAGGAAAAUGAAUAAUGAAUGAUAAAAACAAUUUAAAAUAGUGCAGGAUAGCUGAUGGGAAAAACCUUUUGUAAGGGCUGCCUUGAGUUCUGCCGCUUUGUCCAUGCCUACACCCAAAGUAUUCAGAUUCUUUGGUCAGAGGAAGCUCAAGGGAUUUGGAAGAAAUUAAGGGUUGCAUAGUUUUAAAGGGGUAGCUAAGAAGAAGGUAGUGAGAGUUCAUAGAAACAUCUCUAAGCUUUUAUUUUGCACCUUGUGGACUAGAAACUCUUGCAGGAUCAGGCAUUAGACUUCCCAUACCCCAACCCAUAUAAAUAAGAGACAAAUAAGACUUGGGUUUUGGUCAAAACAGGCCACAACUUUAUUGAAUACAGAUGAAAGAGGUUUGGCUUGAGCAUGGGGCAAUCAAAUACUUCCAGCCUGCCCGCCGGAAGUGACACAUGGUCAAUCCAGGUGGAGGUUCCUAAGACUUACAUCCAAGAGGGUGACCCCCGCAGGGACCGCCAUCUGGGGGAGUGCCUUUGGCCCUGGCCCCCCCAGGGCAGGUGGACAUGGCCACUCCCCCUGGAUCCCUUUAAAGGGAUACCCCAGUUUGGAGGGGCAGGCAGAGACUACAACCUCCCCUCCAUCCAAAACAAAGGAUUGCCCCAAUGUCCAAACAGUUGUCAUGAUUGCUAUGAGGUAGGCAAAACCACCGGGUCAGUGCCAAUUAGCCCAGUGGGCAAAUUCCCACCCGGCAUCUUGAAGGAUGCAACCACCGUAGCCACAGCAAAGUCAUUGACUUGUCAGCUUAAACCGAGGGUGGGUGGGAUAGGGAAACCCGGUGCAGGAACAAACAGUCUGAGCCCCAGGUGUAGGAUGCUUAAAUGGGCAAGGGGUGGAUCCGAGGGCAGCCCACCGGCGGCUCCAUUGGCAGCGCCCCCCGGCACAGCCCAAGUCCCAGCCUGCAGCCCCACUUGCCAAAGCAGGGUGCAGGCCAGGAUUCGGUUCCUGAUAGGCGGAGAGGGUUCAGGAAGGGCACCGCAGUUUGAAUUCCCACGUCGGCAUCCCAGUGAAGCCUCCUCUGUCCCGCAACGCCAGGGCACCAAAAGGGGUGAGCGGACUUGUUGUCUUUGGCAAAAGCUGAGAUUUCUCAAACUACCAAAUCCUGGGCCACAGCAGCAGGUCUUGGAGACAUGCAGAUUACGCAAUGUUGUGUUUCUACUUCCGUUGCUCCAUUUUAUGGUUUGGUUUCUUUGAACUGUGUCUGGAAAGAUAUGUACUUCUUUCUACACAGCCAGUGCUGAGUGUGACAGUGGAGGACAUUGCUGGUUUUCUUUUUUCUCCAUGUGUGUGUGUGUAUGUACUUACGUAUGUAUGUAUGUAUGUAUGUAUGUAUGUAUCUGAAGUGUGCAUGCACACAUAAGCUCAUACCAAUAACAAACUUACCGUAGUUGGUCUCUAAGGUGCUACUGGAAGGAAUUUUUUUAUUUUGUACGUAUGGUUGUGUGUUCUCAUAUCCACUUCCUUUCCUUCUCCUUGACCCGCUGUCCCACGCCCCACCCCACAACUCCAGAAAAAACAAAUCGGGAACUGUGAAAUAUUUCAUCAGUCAAAGGUAAAGAUCACAACUGUCUUGCUAGCUCCUUCUACCUGUUUGUCCGUUAUGCAAUGAACUGGAAUCAGAGUCUCUGAGCUGCUGCAUGUUGUCGUCAGUGGAAGGGAGAGCAUGAAGCCAACUUCUUCUGACGCAUGGAAUGCUCUUGUUUUGGAGUUCCCUUUCUGAAAUGUGUAGCAUGAUCGUGAUUCAACAAAGACCCUUCCCCAAAUAAGCAGUAGCACACAGAGGAUGCUGAGGUGGUGGGCUGUCAGCAGGGGUGUUUCAAAGCAUUAUUAUUAAUUUAGUCUGCUUCCAGGGCAGCUGGAUGCCUUGCAAAGCACAGUGAACGUCUACCACCUUCCAUCUCAAUCUGCCCAGAGGCACUCCAUCCAUUUAUUGUGGGUCUCUGCUCUGAGCGCUUUAUGUACCUAGCAAUGCCCCUGGUUGUCGGGAAAUAUAUAUAUAUGCAUGUGGCUGCCAGCAGAAACUUGACCGAUGCCAGCUCUUGGAUUUCUUUGGUGCAUUUUCAAAAUAGGGGCUGCAAAGGACUUCAGUGUGUGCGCAGAGUGCAUUCUCCUCCAUGGUGAGACACCCAGCCCAGAGCGGGUGUGCCUUCUCUUUAACUCUCAGUGUUCAUACAGAGUGCUUUCUUUUCUACUCAUGACUUGUCCUGACACUUUAAGGAUGCAAUUUGAUCUAUGCUGCUCGUAGUUAUAUGGCCAUUGUAAGUAUAAUAAAAUACACGAAAGCAUAAGUGUGUAUCAUAUAUAAAAAUUAACUGUAGAGUUAAUUGGGGUUGCUUUCAAUUUUAGCUUGUUCAUAUUAACAAGGCACUGCAAACUAUGGACAAUUUGGUGUGAAAUUCUCACUCAGGUUUUCUUUGCUGCAGUUGCAAACAAUGCCACUUCAUAGGUUCUAUAUUCCUGUUCAUCGGAUAAGAGCAAAAUCGCUACAGGCGAGAUUCAACUAAUGAGCCCCACUAGGGGAAGUGUGUGCAUAUGCAAGGAUUUCUGCUAAUGCAAGGAGACUCCCCCCUCCUGCAUGCAGCCCCAUGCCUCUCAAACUCGGCUGGGGGGGGGGCGGGAGGACCCCCACAACAGUGUGCAGGUACGGGAGAAGGGGGACUCUUCAAUCUGGCAAGCUGAAAUGCUUGUGCUGAGGAACAAUGGUCAUAGCCUUCAUGGAGUCCCUCCCAUUUUCUUGAACUGGCCGUCUGCUACAUUCUUGAAGGCUAUAGCACUGCCUACCCAGGCCUGCUGCCCUGUAGAGGCUUGUCCCUCAUCCCUGACCAUUGCCCACACUGGAAGUUGGAGGGCAACAGGUUGUUGAAGGCUGAUUAUUAAUUCUUACUUUUUCGUUUCACCAAUUUUUAUCCUGCUUAACACUGUACUUCUCUAACCAUAAAACCAGAAAAAGCUUACUUUAAAUGCCUGCUGAGAUUUACCAAAAAAAGACACUCUUUAGUAAGUGCCAGACAUUCAACAUCGAGGGGGCCUGUCUGAUCUCACCUGAGGGGAAAUUCCACAGCAGGGAGCCCACUGAAUGCACAGCUGUUGGUGGAUGCAAGCCAAACAUCUGGACCACGGGGACCACGCCCAGUGACUUCCCUUGAAGACCUCAGUGAACAGGCAGGGAUCAAGCGGUCCUUGGAGUUGGCAACACCCAGUUGGCAAGGGCCUUGUGAGUUAAUUCAACAGCCUUGAACUUGGCCCAGUAGCGAGUUCCUAAAUACUGGGGUUGUUUGAUGCUGGUGGUCCAGCUCUGCCCACAGUCUGGCUGCAGCAUUUUACACCGGCCGGAGCUUCCAGACCGGGCCAAUUGUAACAAUCAAGUCUUGAGGUUACUAAUGCAUGACUCACCAGGGACAGGCUAUCCCCAUUCAAGAGUGACUGUAGUUGGCGUACCAGCCAUAACUGGUAGGAGGCACUCUUAGCCACUGAAGCUACAUGAGCCUCAAGCAACAAAUAUAGAUGCAGGAGCACCCACCGCCACAAACCACACACCUGUCCUAGCAGAGGCACCUGUGCAAUCACUGCCCACCUGAACCUCCAUUAGCGUAUAUCAAAGCUGUCCUGGAGCCAUAGAAAUGGCGUCAGGUGCAACUGGAAGAUGUGUAGCCUAUUUUCUCUCUCCCUUCUCAUUUGACCUUGGAGAAAAAAAUGUUGUAUGGUUUUUAACACGUUUUUUCUUCAUUUUUUUAAAGCAGGAAGCAAAACAGCGAAGACAACCUUAAGAGCAUCAGUGACCUGCCAAACGUGGGUGAGAAUGAACUGCUUUCCUGA